AUAAAGUCCCCCCCUCCCCUCCAUCUCUCUCUCUCUCUCUCUCUCCCCCUCUCUUUACUGACACACCCCCCACCCUAGCCCUCCCUCCCCCCGUUUCCCCCUCUUUGAAUGGGGGGCGCUGGAGCCGUCUGCCUGUCACCGCUUGCCUCUUUGUUCAAACGGAUCUAGCUUCUCUCCCUCGGCGUAGAGCUGCUGGCGAGGACGGAGCACCUUGAGGUGUGAGUGUGCGCGCAUUUAUCCCUAUCCGACAGUCAUAACGGCGUGCGAGGAUGAACGGCGCAUAAACUGCUGCUGCUGCUGCUUCUGCUGCUGCUGAGUGAGGAAGAGGAUACCACAGAAGAGGAAGAAGAAGGAGAAGAAGAAGAAGAAGAAGAAGAAGAAGAAGAAGAGGGAAGGAGUGGAAAGUCCAGGGCGAGGAGCGCUCACGCACACACUCCCACCCCCCGGUCUCCUCUGCCUCUGCAAAGUGCUGUUUCACCCUUGGUUUCGCCGUUUUUCGUCUCCGCACCCUCUGGGAGCUUUGGGGAGCACCUGCACUCAGGCGGGAGGGAAGGUUUCCGCUCACAUUCCUGAGGAUCUCACCGCUGAGACGCUUCAGAGACGGUAAGACUGAGUGCGUAAAAAUACGUUCACUCUGCGUGGAAGCUUUAUUAAAUCUAUCAUUUUCAGUCACUGUGUGAAAUCUGAAGUCAGCGGCUGGCAGGAGGCGCCUGAGACCGCUCAGCUGCUGGAGGAGAAAUUAAAGUGUUUAUUUUCUUGGUUGCACUGAGCAAAAAAAUAAAUGCAAUUCCCACUUAUGAAUACAACUAGAAAAAGAUAAUAAGUAAUUCCCGUGGACCAAUCUGUGCCUCUCCUCUCGCACCAUCACAGCCCCAGCUAUACAGAAGCGCAUAAAUCGCACCAUUUGGGAUAUCUUUAAUUAUUUACAGGUCAGAGCUUUUAAUAUUGGUCUAUAUUUACGAGCCAUGUAGAGGCAUGCAUAAAUCAUCAACUCACCAAGUAACCUUGUUACCGCGUCCUUUACAUGGUUUCCUCUCAGGAGAUGCUGUCUGCAAGGAGAACUUUCAGUGGGCUGUGUCUGUGCAUACACACACGUAUUUGUCUUUGGAUGUAUAACACAAUUAAAAGAAAUCAGGCAAGUGCGCUUACAGUAGACUGGUGCAGAUCUGAACAGCUGAACAGGUGUUGGUGAAAUCUGUAUGGCGAUGGGAGUCCUGUGGAGAACAAACAGCAUGUGUUGAAUAUGUGCCAAAAUCAGAUCUGAUAUUGAUCCUCCUCCAGAGCUGUCAGCUGGGCAUGACAUGAAAGAUACAAACUGGCUUCUCGGUGAUCAGAGUGUGCUGCUGUAUAUAUUUUAUAUUUGUCAUGUCUCUGUACUUUGUAAACAAGUGUUACUUUUUUCUCCUGGAAGUUUUAACUGAGGAAUAACACUGAAAUGAGUGAUCACCUGGUGCCAAGCAUGUGCACUCCUCUUGGAAGUCUUCUCUUGAUGGCUUGGGGCUCUGUAAACAAACUCUGGCAUGUACAAAUCACAGUGAAAGGGGAGAACAGUUUGGGUCACCUUGACAAAUGAGCUGUAUUGUCAGAGAAUAUGAGAGCCCCUGUAGCCCCAUAAAGCCCGUUCUGUUUCCUAUUCACCGCUCCGGUCUGUAGGAGUCCAAGGCUUUUCUUCCUUGGCCUUGUUAGUGCGCCCACCACCAGCUGUGUGUCAGUGCCAUAAAGCAGGAUGAGGUUAAGCAGGCAGUACCAGACGAGAGGAUACGUGUGUGUAAGAGAUAACGGGGAGGGGUGGGGAGGAGAACCGUGAGGAAUUAGGCUAAGAAAGCAAGCUGAAAGUUUACAGCAUGCAUUUUUCAUUGUGUCCGGAUGUGCGUUCGUGUUUCUAAAGACCCACAUCGGAGCAAACAUGUGUGUCACCGUGUGUGUUCAUGCGUGUGUAUGUAGAUGGCUGCACUCAAAUGGAUCAUAGAGCAGUGUUGUGUGGAGAGAGACAGUCUUAGUCUAAAAACAGAGUGGGAGCUUGCUUCAGCUUCAGCUGCCUGUUUGUUUAUCAUGUGUGGCUCCGAGGCAUCUGCAACUUGAGAAGUCACUCUGCAUGAGUGGGAGAUGGAAAAGGAGUAAUAUAAGAUGCUUUUAGACAAAUGAAAUGCUAUAGAGUCACAAGAUAAGUUUGUUUAUGGAUCGGUCAAUCACGAAAGAGUGAACCACUGAACACUGCUUUCAUCCUUUUCUUUUUUCAGAUUGAGUAUUUUUACUUUUUAUCCAACAAAACAGACAACAAGAUUAAAAGAUCUGAGUUUCCCAUGGUUUUAUAAAUCAGUUUAAUGGGGAUUUUCUUCAGACAGGAGCAGAGACAUUAGUUGAUCAGUGUGAUUGAAAGAAAAUUAAUUUCCUUGAAUAAUUUUUCUCAGAACAAUGGGGGAAGUUUUGCCUGACAAACAACAAAAUCACAAACAUCACCCUUGAGUAGGGCUGAGUGAUAAUCAGAAUAAUCAAUCACAAAAAAUGUUCUUAACUGGAGCCCAAAAGCAUUGUCACUUGCCAGUUUUCCCAAUAAAACCAACGAUUUAUUCCUUCAAGUCAUAAGUGAGCAUGUUUGUCUCCAGUUUGUGGCUGUAAAUAAGUCUCUCUGAUGGUUUAUUGUCAUUAAAAAUGAAAAUUUUCUCAGCUAGAGUUUCAUUUUGUUUUCAAUUGUUGGAAAAGUGCCCUCCGUAAUAUGUCACUUUUGUGAUUAUAGGGUCUAUUCCCAUCUAAUACUGUGCUAAUAGCUAAUAGAAUAGCACUAUAUAAAUGCAAAUCAGAACCAGCAGGCGCUUUCAGCAACCAAGUUAAAAUCAAAAUAAGCCUCACCUCUGAGGCAGCCGCAGGCUUGUUGCUUUGUGGUUACUCUAGCCUGAAAAUAUGUUAUUUCUUUUUUGGAUACGGAUAUGAUGAGUAGUUUUGUUUUUGUCUUUGCUGUACUUCAUAAACAGAAAAUUCAACUUUGAACUGGAUUGCACUCUGAAGGGGAAUUUUAUGACCACUUUGCUCUUUGUGGUCCCAUUUCAGUCAAAAGAGGAGAGGCUUUACUUGAACAAUGACUUCACAGUAACUGGAGCUCAAACUGUCCAGCUUUUCAGCACUGGACAGCUCCCAAAAUCUCAGAGCCCAAAGCUCCAAACCACAAACAUUUGUGGACGGAAAAAAGAGCACUAAAUAUUCUAAUCAUGAGCGGUAGGAUCUGGACUUAACGUCGAACUCUGCCACCUUCAUGGAAUAUUCGAAACCUCUUUCGCCUGGUGAUUCCCCCAGCCGCCAAAACCCCAAAGAGAUUGGACAAACCAAUCCAUCAAUCACCUUCAGUGUUUAGCCUGGGAGGGACUAGAGCAGCCCACCAGGCCAAUCGUUACAGGCUUAGAUGAGACCACAGCUGAACAGCUCAGCCACACAAAGAGAAAGGUCCCUCUCUUUGUCUUUGGCCGGGGGGCUCUCCUCGAAGGUGGUGACUGGUGGAAGACAAAUGUUUGGCUUUACAGUCGCUGAGGAGAAGCAUUGUGAGGAGGCACCAAAGUUUUCUUAUCCUCUCUUACAUAGAGAAGAUUAGAAUGAUUAAUAACCUCCUGAGAUAUUAUUAGUCACUGCAGCUCUCUAACUUUUUUGAUAUUUUUUUUAUCCUGAUGUCUCAGUGUUUGAAAUAUGUACACUCAGCGCUUCUUCCUUGUAGCUGUUAGCUGCUGAUAUGGGAAUAAAGAGAUAGCUGCUGCUGCUCUCACAGCAUUGGCACUAGUCAUAAACACUUGAAGGACACAGCUGUUUUUUCUCCCCUCCUCUUGUUGUUAUUCCACAGACUCAGCACAUCAUCACAGAUGAGGAAAUCUUGGAUGUUGUCCAACCAGCGCGUUUAUAUCUGUGUUUUAUUCUAUUUUGUUUCACCACCUCUCCCUGUGGUCAGACACAUGCCUGUGUUGUGCAUGCUGGCCUGUGUGUAUACACGCGGCUACAGACUCAUAUACUCAAAAUGAUGGCUUCAUCUCACACACCUGAUCCUUUAUUGACUCUGCUGCCAAGGGCAACCUCAGAACCUUCACCUUUGACCCCUGGUGUCUUUAAGACACAGCUGGUGUAGUGUCUACUUAGACGGAUUCCAGAUCCAUAUAUAUAUCCUCUGACACCAAAUCAUUAUCUGGUUCAAUAUUACCUUUCACUUAAACAAACACCUCAUAAUGCAGUUCCACCUCAUGCUCUGAAGGUAGUUAUAAUUAGAGCUCCUCUAUUUUCACAAGGCUUAAAAACAAUCAGAACCAGUCCAAAUUUAGCACAAUUUAUUUAACAUGGCUCAAAAGUAGGGAUGAAUGGUACAUGAUUUAAAUCUGAUAUCAUCAUUACCUGCUCCUGGUGGCCGAUAAUGAUAAGAUUACACGUUUUUUACACUCCUACAUUAAAAAGAAAAAUUCAUAAUAUGUAUUUUUGCACUCCAAAGGAUAAGAAAGGCUAAAACACAAACUCUCCCACUGUUUUAACACCACCCUUCCCUUUGCAAAGUUACACCACCCAAGUGUGGUUUCAAAGGCUGCACAGAUUAGUGUUACUAUAUGUGAACCAGAGCACUCCUGUGCAUGCAGUCAUGUUUCCUUUAUGGUCAAGCCUUCAUUCAGUCAGUGGGCUGUCAAACUGAGCGCCACUGGGCUAACGUCAGUAGUUUUGAGUCUGUGGUGAGACUGACGUCACUCGUGUUGUUGUAAGUCAGAGUGGAGAUUUGUGCGGCAACCGUGUCAAAGAGGGCAGGCAGAGGCACAUUUGAAGAACAGCAGUGACUCAGGAGGUCAUUCUGGGGUCCCAAAUGUGCUAUCAGCCACUGAAAUCUUUGUCUUCUACCAGAGGAAAAGGUUGAUCAUCCAGUGAAACAAUUCAAGCAAUUUUGCCUUUUUUGCUUUUGCCUUUGAACUGUUUCCGGCCAACUUUGUGCAGUUUCCAAAAGCCUCACAUAUUGGCAUGACAGUUCUUGACUAUUUUUCUUCUGUGCUAAUGACAAAUACUACCAUUGACGCUCCAUAUUCCUUGACAACAUUUUCAGGUGGCAGAUUUUUCAGGUGAUUUGUCUGAUUUGAUGCUUUAUGCUCCUUGGAAACAGUGAAAAACAUCAGUACUGCUGAUGCCUUGUUGACUCCGAUCAGCUUGCUGGUAGACCAUUGGCUGGAUAAUCAUUUUCUAGAUGUUAACAUCUAGUGUUAACAUCCAGGUAGUCGAGCAGUAUCCAUUGACUGUUUGUGCAAUAGUUCAGAAAAACAUACGACUAUGUUAAAAAUGUAGUGAUAGUUCAUUCAGGGAUUUGUGAUUCUGGAGCCAGCUAGAGAAGGUGAGGAUGUUUAAAUGUGAUAUCAAUUAAACAAGCACAAACUCUAGAUGAGACAUGCACCAUAUUAACAAAUAGCCAUCUUUAAAUGUAUAAAAUAAAUCCCUAUUUAAGGCUCAAACAUAAAUUAAUGCUCCUAAGGUGGGUGGGUCCAUUGGUUUUGUUGACGGUUAUUUUAUGAGUUUAUGGUUUGAAACCAUUUCAACCCGCAGACAGAAAGGGUGACAGCAAAUCAAUGCAUGUUAUUCCAAGAUAACCUUUACUCUUGGAUAAAUCAUUUCUUUCCUGAUGGGAUUGGUUUCCUCGAAAUGACAAUUUACCCAUCCAUAAUGCACGUGGGCCGCUGAAUGAUUUGGUGUCUAUGAAAAUGAUUUGAAUCGUGAACUACGGCCUCGACACAAACCGGAGGUCAAUCUAGUUGAUUAUAACAGAGACUGUAGGAUCUCGAGAUUUUGGACCACAUUAUUGGUCAGGGCUGACAGAUAUCAUCAGAUAUUAGGGGUGGAAGAAAAAAUUGAUUCACACAAGUAUUGUGAUAUUUUGUUUUACAAUUUCUAAACCGAUUUUUUUUUUUCAAAUUUAAGAAUAAAUCUUAAAAACUGACUUAGAUGUGAUGUGAAUUUUUUGGGAAAACAUGGUUCUUGGAAUAGUGUGUAGACAAACACAAUCAUUCAACUGUUUUACUGGUGUUAAAAAUGCAGACCAAAAAUCAAGAAAAUCAACAAUAUCGUAGAAUCGCAAUUUGAAUUGAAUCGGCAUCCAAAAAAUUGUAGAAGAAUCAAAUCGGGAGAAAAGCAUAUCAUCCCAGCCCUAUCAGAUAUCGUAAGUUAACACUAAAUGUUUUCAUUUGUUGUCGUUGUCAUUUUUCAUACCACAAGCCCAAAAAUAAAACAGUCUGAUUAAGAGUGUCUGAGUGAUGAGAUAGAAGUAAACAAUUUGAAAUUGUCUCUUGCUAUAUAUUUGUCUCAGCCCAUCUAAGGUCCUCCAGAUUGAUCUUAUAGGGGAAAAACUCAUAGAGACCGAGUCUGUCUUUAAGCUAAAUAAGGCCAUCUGUCCUUUUUGUUAAAAGGUUCAGCUGUGUCAGCUAUAUUGAUGUCGGUUUGAUUUGAUCUUUUCGGAUGCAUUACAGAAAUGAGUGCUGAUUGAUUCAAUCCGAGCUGCUGUCUGGGUUUCUUUUUCCUCUAAAAGCUGGGUACAAUAUUGUGUUCUUUCGCUCCGUUCCCUCUUAUAUUAAUCUAAUGCAUUUAAUAGCACUUGUUGGCCUCUCAGUCAAAGCUACUCUUUUUGCAGGCAGAGAAAAAAAAGCACACGUGUCAAUUCUGCCAGAAAAAAAAGGCUGGAGAGAGGAAAAAUGAGCAAAUCUGAGCUUAUUUGCUGUAAGUUCAAGUUCAUUGAACAGAUGCAUGUGAUAACAGCUGUCGCACAUUCAGUAACACAUGUGCUAAACAAGCUCAGUCCCUUUCCUGUGUGGCGUCUGUUCAACUUUGAGUAGUAAAGAAAUGAAAGGAAAGGUGCAACCACCUAUUACUAUCCUAUAAACUGAAGUCAUGACUCAAAUAGUUGCCCUCCUUUGUCUCCUUUCUGCUUCACUUGUUGGUGGAGGAUCCUUCAGAGUGAUCUAAAUUGCCUCCUCUCUGCACUUUACUGCACGCAUCCAGCCAAUUCCUAGCUUGGCUCCUCCUCUGCAUGCUAUCAAGCUCUUUUAAGCAACCCCUGUCCCCGUGCCCAGUCAGAUCAAUGGUGUCGGUGUGAGAGAGGACCGAGUGUGUAAUCCUGGAGUUGGACGCACUAGCAGCUUUCCAGAGUCUCCUCUCCAUCCGGAGCCCAGUCCAGAGCUGCAUGAGUCAUUAGAUGCUUUGAGUGUGAUUAGUCACCACACAGACACAGCAAGCACAAAGAGAGGCUGUGAGUUUGUGUGUGUGUGUGUGUGUGUGUGUGUGUGUGUGUGUGUGUGUGUGUGUGUGUGUGUGUGUGUGUGGAAGAGGCAUGAAGAGAGCAGAAGAGAAUACCUGAUUCAGCCCUGCUCCACUUCCUGUUUUUAAUUUCUGAGGCAAUAAACGCUUCAUCAUUCGAGUUGAUUAUCUUAUUCAUGAGAACAAACCAACUCUGCCACUCCACUUUUAUUUGUCUUAACAGCUGAUAUAGAAAAUCGUUUUAGUGUGAGAUCAAAUUUCUGCCAUUUUUCUUUACGGAUGGUCUGCUCCACCUUUUCUUUUUUUUCGCCCAAAAAGCAAAUUAAUAACAAUUGUAGUGCUUAGACGUAGCUUUCAUGAAGAGCUUUCAUCAUGGAUGUGUGGUAAUGUCAGAGUGUUGAUUGAAUGACCUUCCUCUCAUUCCUCUCUCCCCUCAUCUUCUUCUUCCUCUCCUGUCUCACCACUUUGUCUGUCACUCAUACGAAGGUGUUAUUCUGUUGUUCACCCUCACGCUCUCUGGUGGUAAUAGUUUUGUGAGACAUGAUUAAAAGAAAAAGGGAAGGCGAAUGAAUUACCUACUCCCUCCUGUCAGGUCUCUGAAGAGGAAAAAUGAUUGACAGUUUGUCUUUAUUGUAAAGCGUCUCUUUCUCUGUUAAAAGCAUUUCUCCUCUUCAGCUACAUGAUGGACAAUAGUUAAAUAAUUCUGCUGCUUGUUCUUGUCCUUAUGCUGCUGCUAAGAAAUGGUUAGGAGUUUCUAGGAAAAACGCAAAGCCCAUUAUCAGAAAUACAGUAUUUUUCUGAGGGGGAGGAAACAGCUGAUUGUAGUCGGAGAGCAAUGUUUUCACUAAAAAGAAUAAAAAAAUUGUGUUUUCCACUUAACAUAGAUGUUUCUCAUUAAAGCAAAGGCUCUCUAACUAUUCCAGACACUUGGCUGAAAACAAAAGGGGAGAGAGAGGUUUCAGUCUUGAAGAUCAGCUGACUCAGUUCACUCCUAAAACUCACUUUUAACAGAUUUUCUGAUUUAGCUUAAACUGAAAUGUUGUGAUUUUAUGUCCAAAUGUGUAAUUGCUUUGAUGAUCUGACCUUAGGGAGGGGUGGUUAAAAAAAUUAUUGUUAAAUUAACAUUUCUUGUAAAACACCUUUCAAUUGAGAUUUUGAAAAAUGCUCUGUAAAUUAUUGCUCUAUAGAUUAUUAUUAUUAUUCUUGUUAUCACUAUUAUAAAGCUUCUGGGAGAAACUUUUAGUUUGUAUUGGUUUUGUCGCCCCCUGUGGACAAAGUGAUACAUCUUAAUUCUUGUGAAAAGCAUUAAAAAAAAAUCAUACAGUUGUCCAAUUACCCUGAAUUUUCACUGCAUCCGAAAUGGCGCCGAUCUGGAACGGCGGUGAUGUUUGCCGUCCCCCAAUGCCUACUGGAUCCAUUUGUGAAGCAAAUUUCAUGGCGGAUUAUGGACAGUGGGAAUUGCAAGAACUCACAAGCACCUGCGGAUUCAUGUACAAUUGCACGAUAACGAGUUGUCUCUAUAAAGACACACAGAAAGAUAACAGUAGAUUGUGUCCUUUCAGAGGAGGAAAUCCACUUCCAGACUUUUAGAAUCGCAUCCCCCCAUCCAUGGUGUCAACGGGGUGAAAUGCUGCCUAAAAUCCUUUCACUUGUUUGUCCCCGCCCGUUUGCAUGGUGUGAAAUACGAUCCGCCUGAAGGUUAAUUUGUGCUGUGCCUGACUUCCGUUCCAGCACAGGUUAAUUUGUGCCGAAUUUAUCUGGGAUGCUCUGGCGUCUGAAAAAAAUGGAACUCUUGUGAUCAGCUGUGGAGUCUGGCGAUCCGCAGUGGAAUGGAAAGAAUAAUUGGUUACGAUCAGCUGCGAUCAGUGGAUAUGGCCUUUUUGUAGCCGUUCCAGAUGCAGCAGAAACUGGGGGUAGUUUACUAAGGGAAAAAUCAAAAGACACGGUUUCUACAGCGUCUUUUGAUUUUAGUGAUAAAAAUAAUGAUAUGUUCUGAUGACAUUGUUAAACUUGAUGGAAUAAAGAGUCAGCAAGUGUUAAACUCAGUAAGUGUAAAUUUUUCUAGCUAGCUACAAAGUUUGGCUAGCUUCAGGGAAAUGGACAGCUGCCUGUUCAAGCUGAGCAGUCAGUUUUGAGCUUGUGUGAAAUCCAGGAUUCUUUGUUUUUACAAUGACUCAACUGUAUUAUGUGGGUCGAUUCUCUAACUUUUAAUUUAUUCAUGCGGUUUAUUUGUUGUCUAACAGAGAUGCCAGCUGCCAGCGUGUGUUCAUGUGUCGUGUGUGUUGAAGUGUGCUCGGCCUUGUGUACGUGCUCUGUCCACAUGAAUGCAGGAGGUGAAAUUCAGUGACCUACCUUGUGCAGUGGUUGAGGUUUGAUUCAGGGCUUUAUAGGAACCGUAGCUUUACAGCAAGUGUGUGUGUGUGCCAAGAAUCGACAUGGGACUGAACCUGGCCUGAUUAAGUAAACCUUUGUAGUCUGUGUGAACACACACAGACACACACUAUACAGUGCAGCAUGAUGGAGGCUUUCUAAGAGUAAAGCUGUCGUGCUGCGCUCACAAACAUGAUUUAUCCUGUAACUACAACAGCAGCUGACAUGAUGUCCUCCACACUUUUCAUGUCAUUUUCUUCAAGCUAUUUUCCCACCAAAUGUAGAACCAAAGGGGAUUUGGGUCGAGGGGCCCGUCUUGCCUGUGUCAUGAAGACCAUGAGGCCUCUUGGUCUCCUAUUUCCACUGACUGACAGCUCAGCACUGAGCUGUACUGUAGCUCUGCCAGCCUCAUCUGUUAGCUCUCAGUGGACCUCUGUCACUCCACUCGCCAGAUCCUACAAUGAGGCAGGAAUGUGUCCUAUUCAGGCGACAUCGUGAAAUUGUGUCAGAUGGACGUUCACAUUGAAGACCACUGGAGCAUUUUAGAGACUUCUGGCUCUUUUCUGCUUAAGACACAACUGUGCUUGUGAGAGUGAUGAGGGGCGAUUUAGAGGGAAGCGCUCCUGACAUCUGAUGUCUGGUCCUUUACAAAAGGUGCUGCUGGUUAGUAUGCAGCUGGAGCCCCAAGAUGGUCAGCUCACUGUAAGUUGUAAAUCCCUUUUGGUAAAACUUUGAAAGGCGCCUGUCUGUAAGCCCACUGUGUUGCAUGUUGUAUAGCAUCCUUAGAAAUAUCUGCAGGCUGCGCUCUGUAUUCUGUUUGUGUGGAUAUUGUCUGUUGGGCUCCAGCCAGUCCCAGGCCCUCAAACACAACACCCUCUAAUGCUCUCUGCUUACAAGACUGGGCAAACUCCUCAGUGUCAUGACCCUCUCCAAGCCCUAAGAAAUCUCCUGUCUCCCACCCAGCUUGCUUACCCACUGUUUCAGACCCCUCAACAUGCAGAGAGCCGAACGGCUCGACCCCAAUCUGUCACAGCCCAUCACAAGGUCCUAACCCACCUUUAGACAUGGGGUGCCUCGAAGUGUGUGGCAGAGCAUGGCUUCACCCAGACCCGAAUCUCUUUUUUAACAUGGUCCCCCAACAUUUCAAAGCGCCCAACAAAUUGUUGCGUAAGGAUGGUUAAGUUUCGUAGGUGUGACUGAGAGCUUUACCAUCAGAGAGGAAUCCUUUUCUCUGCCUCACACACUCCAGUUUCAUUCGGCUGAAGGUUUUACUGAGCUUUCACUGAGAAGAAAGUGGGCAUUAUUCCUGUAAUUUAUAAAGGGUUCAACUGGCGUUGCAUAAUCUUCUUUCUAGGCAUCAGGGAUGCUGUUGGCAUGAGUUGCUGUUACCUUGGUGUAUGCAAAGAGGUCUUUUUGCUUUGCAGGGUAAAUUAUUUACUUUAUGUAACAGAAAUCUGGAGAGUCCAAACUUAUUUCUCAGAGUCUUAAAAUGGGCUUUUAACAAGUCUCGGUUGGUAAUAACUGUGUAGUCAGACACAUAAAGAGCUAUCCUCCGUUCACAAGGAGAUGAAUAAUUUACAGUUAUUGGUGUUUCUUAUCCUCGCCUGUUUGAACUAUCUUUAGAAAACAAAGCUGUGUUUUCUUCAAACACUUUUUUCUUCUCUCAUCUUCAUUUCAUACCAGUGCGGGGCAAUAAAGCUCUGUUUCAGACGUCUCUCACUGAGCUUAGAAACGUCAGGCCCCAAGCCAAAUCCUCUGGCAAAGUCAGCAGCUCAUUUCUGAUGUGUGGUAGGAUUUCCUCUAUGUUGUGCAGCAGGAAUGCACCAGGAUCACUGCAGUAAACUACAAAUCCAUCCAACUCCUUCUCUGAAAGUGAGAUGUUUUCUUUUUUGUAGGAUUCAGUGAAGUUUUUCUCAUAAUUUUCACAGCUCAGUGUGUGUUAUAAGAUCACAUUUGACUAAAUGUCUAAUGCCCUUUUUUUGUCAGUACUCAAUUAAAAUGUUGGGAUAUAGUGCCAGAGGCAGCUGCAGCUCUUUGGGUGGAGUGGGUUUGGGGUUAAAAAGAAAUGCAAAUAGCAGCUCACAGAAGCAGCUGCUGGAAAACAUUGUGUUCAAGCUCCAGUGGCUGUUUCUUGAGCUGCCCUUACACAUUGUUUGUUUUAUACUUAAUAGGAAAAAUACAUUAAAGGGAUACAAACAGUGGGCAAAUCCCUGUGUAUGUCCGAGACAAUCUUUCCAAGGAUUCACAGUAUUCAGGGUCAGUUUGAUUUGAUUUGCAUUGAUUUAUUUUGGCAAUGGCACCACAAUAAAUACAGAAAAAAAAGAGAACAAAGUCAGACCACUUUGUCCACCCGAAUAUGAAGGUCAACGUCAAUUUGUUGCCUCUUUUUCAGGUUUUUUUCACCAGGUCACAACUUCCUUUGUAUUUUAUUGUCACUUAUUUACAGCUCUUAUUUUGUGCAGUUGCCAUGAAUUGAAGCUGUUUUAAUUAGCCCCGAAAGGUUUAAUGAAACAAACAGCUGUGGCACUUUUUUCAGGCUCACACAGAAGCAAGCUGCCCUUCAACGGAAAAAAAAAUACAUAGAAAUAACAAAAACUCUAACAGAAAAUACUUAAUAGAAAAUAGGCUGUGCUUGAGAGUCUCUAAUAUAAGGCUUCAGUGUCUUUUCAAGCACACCCAAACCACAAGAGCAGAAGAUAGAUUGAUUGUUAUUGCUGUGGUCUAGUUGUUGACCCAACUAAACCGUGUUGUUUUAAUCCAAAGGGCUUUAAAAAAAAUGCCUCACAUUCUCACAAACAUGAAAACAACAGUAAGACACUGUUAGGCCAUGCUCCCACCACCUUCAGUGAAACAAAUCUAGGUUUCUCCUAGGGCUUAGCGAAAAAAACAAAAAUGUACAGAUACCGAAAAUUGUGACAAUACUGAUGUAAUUUUGCCCAUUUCAAUGUAUUUGGUGUCAAAAUAAAUAAAUAAAUAAAAGUUGUUUUUGGAUGUGUGUAGGUAGGCUAUGGUCUCAUGUCCUUUUAAGAUGCUGUCCUAUGUCAGCGACGUGACUCCACCCCAUCCAGUCCAUAACAAAGAGGGAAAGACAGGUGAGGAGAUGGAGGACGGUUCAAAAGUUGUAGCGGCGACUAAAGAAGACCAAGUAAAUGUGGGAGGGGGUGAGCAGCUUGUGGAGUAGUUAUUGUCCAUUUAUCAUUAUCGAGGUGAACAGCUCAAAAUAUUGUGAUAUUGAUCUGAGGCCAUAUUGCCCAGCCCUAUACCUCUACAUUUUAUAUAUCCAGUGGCUGCCGAUGGUAAAUGUUGCUAACACGAUGAUGGAUUUUUGGGGUCAAAUAAAUACCUUAAAAUCUGGAUUGAAGGGUUUAUCAGAUCCGGUCUGUUUUCCAGGUUUACUAGAGGGAUUCACUAGCCUACAUCACCACCAGUGAUGGUUGCAGCCCAGUUUCUUCACAGAAUAAGUGUCUCAUUCACUGAAUGUUGUGGCUUGCUAUGUGAUACAUGUCGCAAAAACCCAUCCACACCAAUAACAGCCUCUUUUCACUUAUACUGAGCUGCCAUUUUUUCAUUUAAAGUGAAGUCAAAGGUUGUAAACUUCAAGUGAGGCACUGUGCAGAUUUCCUAUGUCAAAUGAUGAAGCUGGUGUUAGAAAACAAUUGAAUUUAUAAAACUAGCCAUGCCAAUCCAUAGACAAAGACCAUGGGAGCAAACAGUGAUGGAGUAUACACAUUUAAACUCAAUAAGAUUAGAUUAAGACAUAUAUGAAAAGAAGCAACAGGCAUCAGACAAUUAUUACAGACAAUAUCAGAUAGAGUACACGUGUUUAUUGUUUAUGUACAUGCUUAUAGGUUCUAUUAAAAUACUUCUUUGUGGUUUUCUGUAUUGAUGAUGGAUUUCUUUUUUUUUGGAUAAAUACUUUGAGUUUUAUUUUGUUUUUAAGUAGAUUAUGAGGCUCAUAGACAAACAACUGUACCUUCUUAUUGUGUGACAAUAGAAUAACCCCGUAGACCUCUUCACUUCUGUUAUGUAAUGGUUGUGUUUUUCUUGGUGCUCUAACCUCACUGCUCUCCCGUCUUUCCUCCUCUCCCUCUCGCUGCAGGUCCAGGAUGGUGCUGGCUCUGUGUGCAGCUGGGCAGCAGAUCCUCUUAGCCCUCAUGCUGCUGCUCCAUGUGGGCCCGGGUAAGUUCUUUGCUCUACACCUUCAGUAGUUUGUUUCCCUAAACUUCUACUUUUCCAAGACUGUCAGACUUCUGGUUUCUGGUUUUGAGGAAGUAAUAAGUGAGUAAAGAGGGAAAAAAAGAAGGAAAAGUGAGGAAGGGGGCAGUGGAAAAGAAUGCAGGGGGAGGAGGGUGGGUAGCUGAACCAGAGGACAGAAAAAAAACAUCAGUUCCCACAUUAAUUUUUCAACGCACAUAAAUCCACGGGAAAGGUCUGUGCUAAUUUCAGUGUUGCAAAUGAGGGCUGACAUGCUGAGGAUGUUUGCAGACAUGCACGGUGGGAUUGAGCUGGAAAACUUCCAAAGCCAUUUAUGCAAGUUUAGCCCACCAUCUGUUCCAUUACAACUAUGCAUAAAAUUCACAAUUAUGGUGCAAAAAGACAAAACAUCUCCAAGCUGCAGGUCCCCUGAGGAUAGUAUCGCAGGUUUGAGGUGCCACAUGCAGCCUGUAAAGAUGAGUUCAUCUCCUUAAUUACGUUUUCUGCGAUUGGUAUGCGUGAUGUUAUUCUGGAUUUUUAUUUAGAGGAGCACAGCUCUGCUCUCUUAAAAAUCAAAACAUGAUCUUACUUGCCAUUUCACUUUGACAGUUUUUACUCUACAUUCAGUUAUGUUAUGGCCAUUUUUGAUGCACCAGGACCUAUCCACCCACGAAUAAAAGCACAAAAAUAUCUGUACGCUGCCUACAUGUACCUUCUCAUCACAGGAUUUAAAACAUUUUUUGAAACAUUUUAAUUAGUGAAUAAAUUUAUUUUUUAUUUAUGUAGAAUAAAGUCUGUUUGAAAAAUUACAUUUUGAUUGAUUUCAUUCACUCAACAAAGUAUCAUAGACAUAUUGCACUAAAUUAAGACAGCUGGAUAACAAGGUUCACUAACUGAAAUGGUCUACUGUACACUUGAGAUUCAUUCUCUGUUUACAGGGCGCGGAGUAAAUGCUCUCUCUUUCUCUCUGUUGGAGUUAAAUUAUGACUUUGUUGACAUUUAGUGAUAGCAGCACGACUCUAUAGUUUAUCUGGGAAAACAUCUGGUAAAUACACACUCUUUUAUUUUUCAGAUUUAUGAGGCAAUAACAAUGUUAUAACAACUAUAUUUACGAGGGCAGUUUUUCUUCAACCUGAUUAAAACUAUUCAGAUUAGAGAUUACAUCUUCAUUGUGGUCAUGGAUGCUGAAUAAAGUGAUCCGAUCAGGACGUGUAUGUAGUGUUCGUGUAUUAAGUAUUAAAUCAGAACAAAACUACAGUAUUUUGACAUGCCCAGAGUUGGUUUAGCAUCUCAAAAAUAGCAGGAAACGCUUAAACCUUUUAAAUAGUCUAGAAACUUGUGAAGAGGUAGAGUUCAGGUGGGCCUCUGGCCUCCUUGCAAACAAUGACAAUGAUGUCAACUCGGCUGCAUGGUUUGUCGCCCAAAUUUAUGCAAAUAUCUUAGCUGUGCAUAAUCAAAAUAGGUGAGAUUUAAUCCGUUUUAAAGAUUUAAAAAAAUGUGGUAUUGAGAACUAAACCAUUUUUUUGCACUUUCACACUUGCUUCAAAUUUCAUCUUAAGAGUUUUCCACUUGCAGUAAACCUUUCAAAUGGUGCUUAUUUGAUUUGAGGAAAUUAAUUGCCAUGGGAUUUAAAUUGAAAAGUUUCACAGGAGACUCAGAAAAGUUGACAUCUUAUCAGCUUUAUUUUGUAAGGGAAUCGUUCUACACUCUGGAUCUGAAACAAUUGAUGAGUUUGGCUCAAUGUGAAAACUCACAGAGGAGAGAGAUAGUCUGGCUCUGUUUGAAGAAAGAAAAGUACCUCGUUCAUUUUAAUUGAGUCAAAAACUUCCAAACUAGCCAUGAAUGCAGUGUAUGCACCUCACAUAGUUUUGCCUGGUGGCCAUUGGUUGUAUUUCAGGAAAAUAAAUCACCCAUGGUAAAUUUAAAAAAGUAUCCCAUGCACUGGAGAGCUGCUUGCAUGGAGGUCUGUGUGCGUACAACAUAUACAGAGGUUAUACCUCAAGCAGGCAGCCCAUGUUCAAUUCUAGCCUGUGGUUCUGUCCUUGCAGGUCACUCCUCACUCUUUCUCACUCUGUUCACUGUCCUGUCCACUCUGAAUGAAUCAAAGCCAUGACCAUUACAUAAACACCACUUUCAAAAAAUAUAGACAGGACAUCUUAUAUAAAAGGCAAGGGCAACUUUAACUCCUGUUGUAAAGUUUUAAUCCUCGGAGACUUUGUUUUUAUCAAACUGUCCUCUAACACAGAAAAUGAUUUAAAAUUAGUUAGUGAUUCUGUCUUUUGGUGAGCAUUUUUAUUUGACUGCAUGUGCACCAUCUUUUGGCCCGGUAUCCAGGAGGCAAAUAAGCCACCCAUUCAACAGGAGAUGAAUGGUGGCCCCAGGUUGUAAGUGCUCCUGGUUAAAAAUAUAAUUCUAGUGAGUCUACGGGAGCUUGUAGGUGGAUCUGGUUUCCCUUUGUACAGAGUCGGCUAAGUUCUCCAAGUCUAAAAGAAAAACAAGAUAAUGUGCUGCUGCCUCCAGCUUCAUAAAGUAACUUUGAAGAAAGUUUGUGAGACAAUAAAAAUGCUGCUACAUCACCGCUGGUGGCUAGAAUUUUCUUUUAGUGUACUCUUGUUUUAUUUAAGGACUAUUUUUUGGUCUUAAAUUAAUAAGUUGGGUUGGCAGAUUCAGUUUGAGGAUAUGAUCUGUGAAUCUGUCCUUGCAGUGUAUCUGUAAUCCAAACAGCUCAUUGGACUGUGGAGGAGGACUGACAGGAAUAAGAGAUGGCAUCUGUUAAUGAUCGAGAGUGUCCUUUCAUGUCACUCCCAGCCUCCUCUUCCUCUUUUUAGACUGUUUUUCUUUUGUCCCAUCUGUCACUGACACGCUACAAGGUACACUUGUCAUCUAAUGACAAAGCCCUCUCUCAAUUUCCUCUAUUUCAAGAAACCUCUUCUGGAGGUUUUCUUUUUUUUUACAUCCCAACCCCUGGUUUUCCUCCUUUUUGCCUCCCUUUCCUUUCUCCUCAUUCUGCCUCCCUCUCCUCUUUCUCUGGUGUUUGUGAUUCUGUGAUUACAUCUGAUUUUUGGGGGGAAGGCAGUGGGGGCGUUGUUCAGCACCAAGAGAUGCUCUCGGGGGGUUCAGACUGUGAAAGCUGUCCAAUCUAAAUGCAGAUGGAAAUUUCUUUCCGCAAUUCAACUCCAGCAUGUGCGCUUUCCAAACAAGCCUUUGUUAUUUUUUCUUUACCACCGGCUUUCUUGUCACUCUCAUUUAAUUUUCUACAAACUGACUAACAAUGGGAGAUUUGAAAAGAGGAGGCAAGGGCAUGAAACAAAUGAAAAAAUCCCUAAGCAAAAUAUUUUAAGCUUAUUAAAGCUUUAUAAAGAUGUCUGCAGCCUUUUUUGGAGCUGUGUUGACAGUCCUUGAUUUUGUGAGCAGAAAUAGCUCAUGAACUUAUCAUGAAUUAUUAAUGAGCGUACGUAGAUCCGUUUUAAACCUUUUGUCUUUGUUUUGCUCUCCUCUGAGUCAAAGAAAACAAAAAUAAAAGUAACCAAAGGUCUUUUUACUCACUGUUUCUAGAGAUUUCAACAUUUCAGACCCAUCUCAUAAUCUUUUUUAAAGGCUUGAGUACUGGAGUAUUUAUUAUCCUACACUAAUGCAUUUUCAGGAAAUGCACCUUUAUUUCAGGCCGUAAAGUUUCUUGUGUUAAAGAAAGUAAUUCAACCUUCACUACACUCACACCGAUAACCCGCACAAAGCUGCAUACAGGAUAAAGCCACAGAAAGGCAGGAAUCUAUUGGUUAGAGGAUAAUGCCUAUACAGGUGAUCCUGUUGUCAUGGUUACAUUGAACCUGUAUUUCACGGCAACCCGACAGAGUGAAUAACUGAUAUCACUCUGAAGAGCCAGGGACUCUUACACUGGUGCUUCUCCUGAAUGAAAUGAAUUUAAAUUAAUUAGUUUUAUUCAUUUGGGAUCAUUUGUGCAGAGAGAGAAAAUAAACAUCAGAAAUAGAAGCAAUGCUCGUAAUCAAAAAAAGUAAAUUGGAGCCUGUAAGUUACUUUGUGUAAAAUUGCUUGGAUGACCUUGGGAUCCUCAUGAUUUUAUUUUUUUUUGCUAAAAUGAUCAAAACGAGUUUGUGCUCUAAAGAAAUUGAUGUAAGAGCCGAACAAAUCCCUGAAAAUCUCAUUCAGAGUUAUAACCUUUAGCCUCUAUCUAUUACUUACCUUGCUUAUUUAAGAAUACUAUACUAUAUCUCCCCUAUAACUGAACAUCAGAUUCAUUUGCCAGAAAAGGAUUCAUUGCCUGAAUCACUGUUUCCUCACUCGCUAGCAAAAUGUCUCUAAUAUAUCUAAUUGCAUCAUCUAAUUAUGCACUAUUGUCUUGCUUGUCCCCUGUAGGUGCAGCCGCCUCCAUGGUGAACAUGCGUAGGAUCACCCAUCCAACAGUGCAACAAUCACUGGCAGGCAAAGCCAUCCUCCCCUGUGUCUUCACCCUCCAGCCUGGCUCCUCCAGCCAGUCCCCUAGCCUUGUGUGGACUCAUAUCACGCCUCCCGCACCAAAAGGACACGGUGCUAAGGAGCAGAUUGUGCUCUUUGCCAAAGGUAAAACAAAGAAACAAUCACCUGGUCUCGGUGCAGAUCGAAAUGACCCACAUAAAUGAAAACAUGAGAGAACAAGCUGAGAACAAGUUUUGCAAUAUUUUAUACCAACCUCGGAUCAAAUAACUACAUGAAUUAAAAAAAAAGGCAUUCACACAUUGUUAUCACCCGGUGCUGCUGAUCUCCUUUUCCAUUAGAUGAAUCAGUGUGGGGAUCUCAUAAAACAGAAGCAAAGAGCUCAACAAGCUGACAGAAGCAGCUCCCUGAAUUAAAAUGAGAUAAUUAUUCUAAGGAGAGUUUUUCAUUGUACAACCUAAGUGCUCCAAACCUCCCUGAAUGAAAGGGUUUUAGCAAAGUGAAAGCUCUGUGCAGAUUGAAUUAAUCUAUCCGUGGCUGCUCUGAAGUCUUGGUGUAUUUCAGUUAAAUGCUUUGGUUUUACUACCUAGAACCUGUCUGUUUUCGUCUUCAGUCUCACCAAUCACCAGCCUUGUUUUUUAGAUGCAGCUAUUUACAGUGAAAAUGGACAAAACAAGCCAUUACCGGCAUAGCAACAGAGGGUAUCCAGUUAAGGCCAUGAGCAGUGAGAAUUCAGGUACUUUAUUCAGCGUUCAGUUCAUUACUUCAAGCUGCAAUACUUAAACUAAAUGAGUCAUUGUCUGUAAUCAACAAUUUCAAAAUGUUGGCUACAAGCAACAAGUCAAUGUACCGUUGAAAAUGAAAGAGUGGAGGCGUCGGUUGGCCGGGUGAGGAGCGCACUCUCUAUGAACAGGCUACAUCAUCACUGAAGCGGUCUCUGGUUUCACGAACCCUUCACUGCAUGUCUUCCCUACUCUCUUUGUUCUCUUGACUACAUUUCCUAUCCUCGCAUAUGUAAAUAUAUUUGUUUUCCACCUGACACUGUGUUUGGAGGCUUCCAAAAUCUACCAGACACUCAUUGUUUUUACAGUCCACUUUAUUAUGUGUAAUGAUUUAUAUCAAAACAAGUAACAGGAUGGAUUAUAAGGAUAAAUAUUGGAACAGCAAGGCUUUUUGCAUUCUCAAGAAGAGUAAAAUGUUUGUGUUAUUUCUUUUAGUUUAUUAGUUUAAGGCUGGUGAGUAAACGUAAUUGCAGCCAGGUUCGCUGAGGCUGAUUAAGCUGUAAUUAAACCCUGACUGAGAAGCAAGAGUCCUUGUGUAAUUUACCUUGUGUGAGAGGAGUUAUAAUAGGCAUAUAGGUGCUGCUGAAAACCUCUCACGUUUUUUUGUAAUUGCACAGUGAAUGUCCAACCAUAACAGGCAACUCCUACAAACCAAACAACAUCUUACACUUAUGGGAACAAAGGUAAAGAUCCCUCUGUGCUAUCAAAGGUGACCCUAUGGGGGCUAACAACUAUCCACAGACUGAACAUAAAGUCGUAACACUCUGUUUUUGGCGGUCCUCUUCAGUCACUGUGUGUAUAGAUAGUUCAGAGACUCUUGUGUCAUGCUGUCGCAGUUUCUCCUUUACUCUGCUGUACACAGUCUUUCAGGAGCUGCAUUUGUCUGCACUCCUUUUGUUACACUCCUUUUUUAGUUAUCAUCAAAUCAUUAAUUAAAUCAAAGUUUCUAGUAAGAUGAGCACCAAGAUAUAAUUAAGCAUGAUAACAAACUGUAAUCAGAAUAAAUUAGUUGGCGUUUAUUCUAAUUUUCAAGUUUGACACGUCCCAUUCAUUAACAAGGAGUUGUGCCUAUAACUUGUUGCACAGCCAGUCAGUAGGGGAAGCUCAGAACGUCUUGGCUUCACUUUUGGAAAAUUGGCAUGUUGUCCAUCUUUUUAUGAACACUUAAGGUUAAAGAAAAUCACAAACCUUGAAACCAAGAGACCCUUGUUCAUAUUAUAUGUUAUAUGACAUGCACCAUAAUUACAUUUACUAUUUAGUGGUUGCUCUCUAGUUGCAUUGAAUGAUGGAAGUCAAUCAGUUAAUACUGAUAUUGAGAGAGAAUCAAGAUUUGUCCACCAUGAGCAAAAGCUUGGCAAUAUAAGCAAGUGUUACUUUAGUCUUAGAGGUAGAAACUACAGACUAAUGUUGACUAAUGUUUCUGCCAUAUGUUGACGAGCCAAGAAAAUGGAGCAUAAGGAAAGAUAGUCAGAGAAUAUAAACAAACAAACCUUUGAACUGAAGGCCAAUUAUAGUUCAAAACUGUAGUUAUUAGUUUAUAACUACAAAUCCAAUUAAAGACAUAGGUUUUUUUUCAUAUUUUAGCUCAUGUUGCUGGACAGUCAUGUAUGAUACUUCAUAGAACAGCUCUUAUCCAUGCAGGUCAUAUCUGAAAUCACUGCCAAUCUCUUGUUUUAUGGCAUGUUAGAAAUCUUGUUUUUUAGUUGGUCUUAGCCAAAUCUCAACCAGGAGCAAAAGAAAAUAAGAAAAAGUCAAAGCUACAAAACUACUCUGAAUGUUGAAGGACAAUGAUGUGUGUUCAGUUCUAGUUGGAGGCUGACUGAAGUAAUGCUUUGCUGAGCCUUGAUGUUGUGUCUUCAUUUCAUUUGGAAAUGUAAAAUCAUGACUCUUUUGAUGAAGUGCUCUUCUUUCUUUGCCAAAGGUGAUGUAAUCAAGGUGAAUAAGGCUUUCAGCGGCCGGGUCAUGCUGCCAGGAUACUCUGCCAACCCUCUGAAUGCUACCAUGGAGAUCUCUGGUCUCCGUACCAACGACUCAGGCACUUACCGCUGUCAGGUUGUCAUGGGCAACAACUAUCAGAGAGACACUGUGCCCCUGGUGGUCUCUGGUAAGAUCAGUAAAUACUGUCUGGGAGAAAGCUAAACCAUGUAAAAUAAGCAGAGCUGCUGCCGACACACUGAGCAACAGUGACAGAAAUACUCUGAGAUUUGUUUUCUACUAAAUCGAUUUUGUGUUUUCGUUUCACACUUGUCGUGUUAAUGUGGGAACGAUAACAGCAGCUUGAAAACAGUGCCAGCCCCUUUCAGCUUUUUUAUUAAUUAAACAUUAAUAACAUUGAUUCACCAUAUCAAUAUCUUAAUGACUGACUUAAUUAAUGCAGCCUGUUGCUCUUUGUGUUUGUGUUUUGUUAUCUAGUUUUCCACUCGAGUAAUUGUGUAAUUCUUUUAAUUAAAGUCUUUGGACUGAAUACAGAUGAUUUUGUGAGCUCAUCUGUAAAAUUUCUGCCAAAACUCACACAGUGUGAGAUUGAUCUGCUUGUAACAUAUGUAUUGAUCGCAUCCCCACUGAUAAAUUGAUGCUCAACUUGUUUGUUUCGAUAAAUCCGUCAAAUAAACUCAAAAACUCCUCUUCUCACUUGUCUGUCUGUGUAGGUGUGGUGUUUCACUACCAGGCUCUCAGCUCUCGCUACGCCCUCUCAUUUACUGACGCACAGAAGGCCUGCCAGGAGAACUCGGCUCAGAUGGCCACACCUGCCCAGCUGUGGGCAGCCUACUAUGACGGCUUUGCCAGCUGUGCAGCCGGCUGGUUGGAUGAUCAGACUGUACGGUGAGAAGACGCUCAAUAACUUUCUCCUGCUUGUCACACCUUGCUGCUGUCUCUGGCUAGUUGCCGUGCAGGCUACUCCUCUUAAUAACACUCACAGAUAUCCUUAUUUGUUAUCUCAAAUAAUUGCUACAAUACUUAUUUAACAGUGACAUAGAAUGCAUGAUGUAUCUGCUUUCUUGCUGGGUCCAGUAAUAUCAUAUUCUGUUGACUUAGCACACUGUGAAAGAAGAGCCCAAACGACUCUUAAAUGAUCUUUUACAGUCAGGAAUUUCUAAAACUGUUUAUCAUGUACUGAUGGGUCAUUUUUCAUCACAAACAUGGUCCAUCUAAGAUAUAACUGGCAAAUAUCACACUGAACUUAAACAUGUAACCCAUCAGCUUUUUAAAAGGUAUUUCAAGUAUUAUCAUUUAGGUCUUUUGCCAUCUGGAAAUACAUUUCUGAGUGUUUCUAUAGAUCCAGCUGGGGAGAGAGAGAGCAGGCUGUCACCAUCAUUAUUCUUUUGUUUUGUUUUGCCUUAUGGUCUGUUCAACCUGGUUGGUUUUGGUGAGUGAUGUUUGUCUCUAAAAAUACAUCAAGAUUUCAUCACAGAAAAGAGAAUAUUGAUACAAGCCUCAGGUAUUUGUGAUAAGCUGUUCUAGUUUUCUUUAGCUUUGUUUGGUACAAGGUGGAAACAGCUUGCUAGGAGCUAGGAUUUCUGAACUCCUGUUGUUGUACUGAUUUAACAAACGUGUGUCAGUGAGUUGUAGAAAGUUGCCUCUGGGAAAUCUUCUUCCUUUGGACUGAGCCAAAAGUCUUUUUUUAUAUACUGAGCGAAUCAAACAGGCUUUUUCAGACCUGAAAAAUAUCACAUCAACAUCAGUCUACCUACUAAUUUCAAUUCAAGAAGAUAAGUCUGUUUUCCAAAAUGUCCACUUUUAGCUGAAAGAAGAAGAUUACUACCAUCAACAAGUUUCAGCUUUUUGUUUUUUCAUUAAGCGAUGAACCUUUGCUUUGUUUUGUGAACUUCUGAGUUUCUUUCUUUGUGGUUCCUUGGGUCUCAGUUCAUAUUCAGCUUUUCCGGUUGUCACCUCCUCUGCUCAUGAUUCUGCUCCUCUUUUUUUACUUCUUUUCUUUCUAUGAUGUUAAUUGAAUUUUAAUUUAUUCUAAUCCACUGCCCUUUAAAAGUGAAUUCAAAUAAGUAAUUAUUUUUAACUGACAUUUAAAGUGUUAAUGAACAGGAACUGGUUCAUCUCUGAGCAUUAAAGACCAUACAGCUAAAUGUCUAAUGACUACGGAUGUAUAUUUUAAAAUUUAUGUAAGAUUUAAAAAGGGUUUAAAAGAAGAAAUUUGCCAUUUCUGACUCAUACAUAUUUGUGUCCCACAGAUAUUCUGUCCAGAUGCCAGAGCUUGGUUGCUAUGGACACAAGGAGUACUCUGCUGGAGUGAGGAAUUAUGGGAAGAGGGACCCAAAAGAGCUGUUUGAUGUAUACUGUUUUGCAAAAGAACUGGAUGGUACACACACACACAGACACACACAAAUACACAAGAGGCCUGUCGCAGCUUUCAACUUUUUCUCUUUUAAAAACUGUGCAAAAUGUGUUAUGAUCCAUGGCAUAAGUCCCCGAAAAUACUCAAUCCACAACGCUUUGAUUUAUGCUUGACAAACAUAACAGUGCUUGCUUCUGAGCAAAUUAACUAAGCCAUUAAAAAAAGUACAUCUGAUUAAACAUAUUCAUAUGCCAUUCAUUUUUUCCAGACAAACCAAGUAAGCUACAACGAGUCAACAACAAAUUUUAAUAUUCAACUUGACCUGUGGCCCUAGAAAUGUCUGUUCAGUUGCCUAUUUUAGGUGAAGCUAUAAAAUCAUAAAAAACUUUCAGAUUACGGAUGUUUUUAUGACUUACAACCUGGAACCGACAUCAUUAUCACAGCCUUUUAGCUUCCAUCCUUCAGCAUAACUCCGGAGCAAAAUGGAGUCUCUGUGAAUGUGGAAAAUGGCCUGGAGCUUAGUGCACAAACAGGGUAUGGAAAUGAGAAAGUAUUUAGACACUGACUAACAUGGCAUUGGCCCUGGUCUUUAAAUAGGAUUUUCUUUUACAAGAAAACAAAGAGUCUUGCCUUUUUUAUAAUCCUACUGCUAGCCACUGGCCUGUUGUCUAAUUACCAUGAAAAUGACACAGCACUCAGUGUGAAUUUCUUGCUGGAAGCUGCUUUUUGGUUAAACUUAGUCUUGUGUUUUAUUUUUUUCAGGUGAGGUGUUUCACUCCUCAGUUCCAGGCCGGCUGUCUCUGUCCUCAGCUUCAGACCGCUGUGUGUCUCUUGGGGGACAGCUGGCCACUGUGGGGCAGCUCUAUCUGGCCUGGAAAGCUGGCCUGGACAGCUGUGCCCCAGGCUGGCUGUCUGAUGGAAGCAUUCGCUAUCCAGCCACCUGGCCUCGCCCAGACUGUGGAGGGAGCCAGCCAGGUGUCCGCACUGUGACACCCAACGCCACCGCUGACAAUAACACAGCUUUAUAUGACGCGUACUGCUACAGAGGUAUAGUGUGAACAGAUUACUCUGGUUUAUGGACGGGAAGUUGACUCAUGUUUAUACAUUGGAUAGUGGUAAUUAUGAAUAAGGCAAAUACACCUUUUAUUGUUGGUAUGAAUAUCAAAUUGGAGGAUAAGGAUCAUGAAAGACAACAAACGUAUAUCAGUAAAUACAUUAUUAUUGUUGUUUCACUUUUAAUCGAAAUUUUAAAGUUGCUUUGAAAGCUUUGAGUGCUGUAACUGUAGGAACCAUGACAAUAGAUAUCAUUACCAUGGGUGUAGCUAUGACAACAGUGAUUUCUCAUUCAUGCUGUUUAUCCCAGGUACAUCCAUGUGUGAAAAAAGGUGCUAAGCCUGAGCAUUUAGGCUAACAUUCAGCAGUUUAAUUGUAUUGAACUGUUUCUGCUAUAUUUGGAGGUAAACUGGGUAAAAUCCUCUCAUGACUGCCAUGUGAGCAGCUGAAAUCUUCCUGUUUGUUUGUUUCUCAGGUAAAGUGAAGAAUGCAGGCUCCAUCUCCCAGAUCUACACCUCCCUGUGGAAGCCCUGGAGCUACCUUACGGGCGCAAGUGAUGCUGACUCCGCAGAGACCGGCAAUACUGACUCAACUACACAACAGACUACAACUACUGGAGGUUUAACAUUUUUCCAUGAUAGGAACAUCUGGCGGCGGAUUGUUCCACAUCAGUUUGUAAAAGAAACUGUUUUAAUCCUUUCCCUGCAGAUUUCCCUGGCAGUGAUGUUUCACCCUCGAACUGGACUGGACUGGUUGACCUUGAAGAUGAAGAAUCCUUUCAUAACACUGAUGCUCGUAAGUCUUGAUUUCUAAAAAAGAUCUACAUCUUUCCAAAUGAAACUGGAUCUGUGGUAAUAGCCCAUCUCUUUGUGUCCUCAGCUUCAGAUCCCUGGUCCUCAGAGCCCUCGGGAUCAUUUGUGACCCUGCAGCUGAUCCCAGGACAGACCUUAUUAGACUGGGGGGAGCUGCUCGAGCCUGGACCAGACUCUGAGGAGUUUCUCCGACCGCCAGUAGAACCCACACCUGCUGACAAAAAGGUUUGUCUGAGUUAACUUAAAAGGAUAUUCUGGCGUAAAUGUUGCUGACCGCUUGCUUCUCUAGUCAUACCAAUUUUUGUAACGACUACAUAGCAAUACACAGCGUUCUGAGGAGCCACACAUACCUCAAUCAAAAAUCAUAUCCUCAUGGAAAUGCAAUCAGACCGAGACGCUAAGGCAGCAGUCCAAAAUGAUUAAUAUGGUGAUUAUUACUUCAAGCAAAUGAUAAAGUAAUGAUCAUAAAUGUUCUUCCUUGAGCUGCGUCACCUCGCAGCAGUCCAUAAUGGACUUGCCCAAGGUCUCGCUACAAACAAGCGGCUACUGGAAGAGAGUAGGUGAGUUGUGUUUAGUCUCUUUGCUAAAGAAAUUAGGCAAAGUUGAAAAGAUGUUUGGUGGUUAGUGCUGUGGCUUGGACCCUAUAUGUACUGUUGAUGAAGUUAGGUGCUGUUCUGAGCAUUAUUUGUGGCUAUAGAGUGGCUUUUUGGUUGAGGUUUGUGUGUGACUCCUCAGACCGCUGUGUAUUGCUAUUGUGCGGUCGUUACUAAGUUGGUAUAACUAGAAAAGCAAGCAGCCGGCAACAUUUAUCUCUUGAGGGGGCGUCUAACUUGGUGUGUUUGACCCUAAAUUAAUUUUACGCCCAAAUAUACCUUUAAGUUAUAAAGAUCAAAAUUCCUUAUCAUCACUGCUAAGUUUCUUUUAUGGACGUUAUAUAUUGAAGGUGAUCUCAAAGAUUGUCAAGUCCAUUUGGAAGCCUUGGAACUACCUUGCUGGGACCGAAGAUGAAGAGGGGACUCAAACACCGAGUGGCCAGGCAGGGGGACAGGAGCCGGCUGAGAAGAAGACAGAGGGGGAGUCAAACCCAGCACCAGGUGAGUUUAAUAAUCUCCUUUUUAUAGGUUGGUGACUAACAUCUCCUUGUUUGUUAGUUAGUUAAUUUAUUUUUUUAAGUGUCAUGCACACAAAGUGCCCAACCCACAUGGGUUUAUAAGACACUAAAUGAUAUCAACAGACAGCGUUGCAUUGUGUGUAAACUGUAAAAAAAUAAGAAAAGGAAAAACAUACAAGUAUACAUAGUUAUAUCUACACCCAUAAGCCACAUAAACUCAAAUCAAAUAUACAACAAAAAAAAUUCUCUUUUCCCAGGCCUUACAGAUCAAGUUAGCUGUAUAAAAAACUCUUAUUUCAAAACACAUUUAAAGUUUCUUAUAAUCAUUGUUACGUUCCAAAGAUGUAAAAGGGAAUGAAGGUAGUAACAAUGGUUAAAAAAAGAACCAUGGUUACGUAACGGCAUCCAGGUUAAUUGAUCACACAGAAAAGUUUAUUCUUUGAGGUUAAACAACCAACUUAAAACAAGCACUAGGCUGAGAAAAAGACCAAUACAACACAAAUGACAAGCUAAGGCAACAAAAGAAAACACCAAAUACACUGCAGGCUCCACCGCCACCAGAGGCCUGCUCAGUCCAGCCACUACUGAGCCACACCAGAGUCACACACUCGUUCAAUCAGGUCCACACAGGAUCGCUGCCAGAGGAGGAAAUAGGAGAGAGAGAGCACAGCACUCUCCUCCUUUAUAUAGUCUGCUGCUCAUCAGCAGAUCAGCCACACCUGCCACACCUCUACUGCAGAGGAGAAAACCUGCAGGGAGAGAGAGACAGAGAAAAAACAGCACACAAACACCCAGGGCAUGUAACACGUCUAAGUAAAAGAAAUCAUUGGAUAAAAAAAAAAUCAUUUUCUUGAAGAAUAUUUGUCUAAAUUCAUCAUAUAAAGGACAAAGGAACAUAAAAUGAAUCUCAUUUUCUAUUUGUUCUUAUUCACAGAUCAGGCAAAGUCUUUGUUCCUCUGGUACACCACUAAACCUGCCUGUCUCUAUGGCCAGUGGUAAAGUGCCUGAACACAAAUGAGCACAAAGAGAUCUUAGAGUUUUAGUUAUAUUUUGUUCAACAUAUUUUCAACUGCAUAUAUGAUUUUUAUAAGACAAAAAGUUCUGAAUGUGGGUUUAUUCAUUAUUUCUACAGACCAUCUCUUUAUAUAUUUUUCAAAAAAUAUAUUUUUAGCAUCUUGAACAUUACAACAAAGUUUAUUAUAAAAAAUAUAUGACAAGUCAGCAAUGAAAAAAAAAUCAUCUCACUGGCCCAAGGAGACAUAUUUGAUAUCUCCCAGUUAAAUAACUUUUUUGUUAAUCCAUGAUCAGGCGUCUUUACCAACCUAUACCAUCGGCGAAGCAGCUUACAUUUACGCCUGACAUUUGAUGGUUCCUAGUCUAUGUCACCACACAUGGCAGCAAUGGAUGUACGGUUAUGAUAAGCCGUUCUAGUUUUAGUUAAAGCCUUUAGUUAGUUAGAGGCUUAUCCCCUUUAACUUACUACUAUCAAUACUGUAGGUGACCUUGUAUUUAGAUCUCAGAGUAUGUGUGUUGUCUGCAUGGCAAGCUGGAGCAGGAGCAAGGCCACAGGAACUGAGUUAAAAUUAAACAGGAAUGCUCACGGUGGUGUUUGAACAUGUACAGUACUUUGAAUAUGUUGCUCAUGAGGCACUUAUUAGCCCAGGUCUGUGAUGUUGGGACAGGAUGGUACACUAAUUACACGGUAGGGAAACGAACCCUGGAAAAAAAGGUUAAUGACAGAAACUGACUAGAAAGAAGUACAUCUGGGAGAGUAGAUGUUUGUCAGUUUUAACAGGAGAGUGUCAAAAAUUCACUCUUUUUUUCUGCAAGAACAACAGGAAUGUGAGUUUAAGUGUGUAAGCAAAGUAAACGCAGUCUGACCUCUGUCGCUAUUCAGGUCUGCUCUUUGUAAAGGUGCUAACGAGCUGUGAUUGACAUCAGGUGUGAUGGUGGGUGAGCUGGGGGUAAUGACGUCUUUCACACUGUGCAGUACAUGCAUCUUCAUUAAUAUACAUAAUUAUUUUACAUGAAUGGUGUCAAUGUUAAAAAGGUAAAGGAAGCUGUUCUGCUUCAGAGAUUCAGGUUUAAUAUUGUUAAUUUUCUUCACAAGUUGUUGAAUUUACUACAGAAAUAUGAUGAUUAGUGUAGUACAUUUUGUUUUAGCAUGUAAACACACGUGAACAGAUCCUGUUUACAUGUGUUAGACUCUUGUUUAUGACCGCUGGUAGAUGGUUGUGCUCCUGUGAGUCUGGGUGACCAGUAAUCCAAAAAUACUAACUGUAAGAUGUCUCUUUUUAUUCCUCUUGUUUAUCGUUGCGCAGCAGCUCACACUGUUUCCAGUGUAAUGGAACCAUUAAGAAUUACCCAUGAGAUGAGAUGAGAUGAGAUGAAUUGUCCCCCAAUAUUUUCCACCCAUAUUCCUUGUUUAAGUGCCACCUGUAAUCAAAAACUAUUCUUAUCAAGUCUGCGACUCGCUUAAUUUUGUUUUGAUGUAAUUAGUUUGGCAUAUAAAAACAAUCCCAAUUAGUCUCAUUAAAGCUUAAUAAACUGACUAUUAUUUUUUUAGUCAUUUAUUUGAUUGAAUUUAACAUUUUUGAUUGCACCCAGAACUACAAGUGUGACUAGAUGAAUAAUAAUAAAUGUCUCCCUGUGUGCAGGCUGACAAUUUAAGACCCUGUGUUAGGAGAUGUUCAGCCCUGAUCGCCAGUCUAUCUGAGGUGUUCCUUAUUUGAGACCUAUACAAACACGCAUGCUGGGCAUAAAUCUGUUAUCAUUAACUUUUGUAUAUUGCAUUUUAUUUAGCACAGAUUAAAAACAGUACAAGGAGGGAACCAAGCAGAUAGGCUUAGCUGAUAGAGUUCCACUCCUGUCAGGGCAGUAAAGACAUAGGGUGUAAACAACAAAGUAAUUUGGACAUGGAUGGGUUAUAGAUAUACAAUGAGAAGGGAAAGGUCAAAACAUAUACAAAUUGCCAUAAAUAGACCAUAGACUAAUCAUCAACCAGCCCAACUAGAGAUAGAGAAAUUAUAUCAAAAGAAAAGAAACAUGAACAUAACAGAUAAUGACAUGUUUAAGACAUGAUUAGAUGUGAUUUCAAUGAUAUUUUAAAGGAUUUGAAGGAUAAUAUUGAUUUUAGAGAUACAUCCAGAUCAUUCCAUAGUUUUGGUCCUCUAAAAGUGAUAUUAGACUGAUGACAAGAAGUUCAACAGAAAGGUAAUUGAAGGUAUCCAUUUUGUCUUGUUGAGUAUGGUUUAAGUAUAAGGCCAGAUGAAAAGGUAAACAAGUUUCAGAAAGGUCUUAUUUCCUAUUGAUGAACUUAAGGACAAACAAGCAAGAGUAAAAGACAUUGAGUUUGUCAGUCGGUAAGAUUGAGUAUUUAGUAAAGAGAGGAAAUUGCUUCGGUUAGAAUAACUCUUGAAAUCUCCUCCAUAAACGGCUGCUGUUAAAUUAUUAUUCUUCACCUUCAACACAAACAUUUUGACACUGUUGUAUUAACGCAGAAAAAUCGUUUCUCUGGGUGUCUGUCUUCAGCCGCUUGCACAUUAUCAAUAUUGAGUCAGAGGUCAUGUGGGUUUCUUUCAGUCAACAAACACAGGCCUGCAGAUGAUUGGAGAAAAAAAAAGCUAAAUUGAACAACUUGUGUUCCUGUGGUCUGUGUCUCAAGGUCCCAGCAGCUUUACAGGUUUUUAUGUGCUGGCUGUGGAUUUAAGUGGUUUCCAAAUUGCAGGCGCCUCGGUAAAGAGUUCGUUGAAACUGUGUUUCAGGGCUGUUGAUUAAAUUCAGAAGCAAUAUGUGGGGCUGUGGUGGUCUUCAGUUGAAUUCAGUGUGAACUGGAUGUAUAUGUGUCUGUGUGUCUGUGUGAGUGUGAAAGUUCAGGAAGAUUUCAGACCUUUAAGCCACGUUGAGAAUUUAACAGCCUAAGAUUGAUGUUUUCACACAGCACUGAGUUCAGCUGCUCUGAAGCUCUGUCGGUUGCCUGAUGCUGGACUCAGUUCACAUGAGAUGGAUGGCAAAGUCGUGCAGAAAUUGCAAGCAUGCAGUUGACUGCACACUUACAUCGUUUCAUGAUUUAAAAUAGUUGAAGUAUUUUGGUUGACCUCUCAGACUUUCUUUACAUGCACUUAAAUGUUGUUAAAUGUAAAGUGGAAUUACUGAGCUUACAGGGGACUGGUGCGAUAUAAUUAGCUAUUUAUGAAUCAUAAGACGAAUGCUGACAUGAAUGGCACUUGCAGGUCACAAACUGGUAAUUAUCAUAUCACACUAUUUUGACAUAAAGCAAGAGUUGUAACAUUGUUUGAAAAGCUCACACUUGAGCCCGGUGCUUUAUGUUUGACCUUUCAAAGUAGAACCUUCAAGAUGAUAUGAAACAACUUAACAGAGCUCUGCUGCCCUUCUCCUUUUAUAAAUGUAGUAUCCUUGUGUUAAAAAGGUGUUAAACAUAUUGCAAGUAGAGUGUUCAAUGUUAUUCAGACCUUUCAUUCAAAUGUUUUUCUUCACAGUCUCCUCGGAGGAUCCUUGCUCGCUGUUGGUGAUAAAAUACCAGACGAUGGAGAUAUAGUGAUAAGGAUAAAUAGCUGAGGGAUAGCUUAGAUGGCUUAAAAGUGUUUGUUUUCUCUCUCUUGACAGAAAAAGUGAUUGCAUAAGGUCACUUAAACUUCUUUUUACCACUCCUUGCUUUGCCUUUUUUGGCUAUUCUCAGUCGGCCAUGGUUGUACUCCUGACUCACCUUGUUUUUCUUUGUUUUUUUGUGCCUUUCACAGGUUUGUUUUCUUGGGGAAGUUCAUGGUUCAGCGGCCCCUCGAUGGAAAACUCUACACCCACCCCUGAAGACUCACCCACUCGUCUGGCAUCGACUUCAGCUGCCUCCAGUAAGUCCACGACUACACUGAGUGCCAAGAGCUUGGAGAAUCCAGAGAUGUCCACCGCCUCCAGUUCUACGCCUGAAAUCACCUCAUCCAGCGCAGAAACCUGGGUCCGUGUUGAGGCGGAGACCACGACUCGAUCAGGAGAUAAGAAGGAUGAAACAGCAACUUCUAGAGCUGGUGGAAGAGGGAGAGGAAGGGGGAAGAAGAAUAGAGGGGAGGACAGGAGCAGAGGAGAGGAGAAAGGGAAAGGAGAAUAUGAGGGGAGUGGAGAAAUCACCGGUGCUGAAGCAAAGGGGGAGAUACAAGUUUCACGUCGACCUGUUGGAACAAGCAAACCAAGAGAAAGAUCAAGAGAAAGAUCCAGAGAGAGAGGGCACAGGAGGGGGCAGUCAACCACCACCACAACGUCAACCACCACUCUGGACUCCACAGAGAUGACCACAGCUUGGACAGAAAGUGCUCGAACAUCCACAUCUGGGUCCCCAUCUUCUUCACCAAGAGAAACCCCCAAACCCUCAACCUCAAUGGCUCCAUCCAAUACUGCCACAUCCACACCUCCAUCUCCAUCCUUGUCUCAAUCAUCCUCCCCCUCCCCCUCCCAAUCCUCCCCCAAUCCCCAAACCCCAUCCCUGUCUCCCUCUCAAUCAUCUGGAUCAAAAGAGCCGGCUCCACCUGGUCGCUUGAAUAACCAGGGCAAACCCCAGACAUCUCUGAAAUGGGUCCCGGUGGACAAAGCAGUUCUCAACAGCUCUCUGGAUUAUCCUCCAUUACUGACGGGUCCCCCAGAUGAGGAGGAGCCAGCUUGGUCUCAUGCUGUGGGCUCAGGGGCCCUGUUACCUGGCAACAUGGAGGAGGAGAGCAGAGGAGGAGUCAACAUCAGCACCAUAACACUAAGCACAGCAGGUUAGUGCUGCAUGUCUGAUUUCAGAUGCUGUAUUGUCCUGUUAGUCUGCUUUAUUUACCUCAUAAAUAAAUCCAAAUAGAUAUUACAUAUAGAAAUUAUUAUAACAAAAGAUUAAUGCUGAUUUAUGAAAAAAAAGCUUCAACAUUUGUUAUCGGCAGGGUUCCCACACAGUUGGAAUUUCCAUGCUUUUCCAUACCCUACGUUUUAGAAUUAUUUUUUGGAAAUACCUACUUUUUUAAUUUUAAAAAACGGUAUUUUAGAACUGUGGUAAUAGUCUGGAAACAUAAAUAUUUUUCCACACUUUAUUUUUCACUGGUAAUUGAUCAAAUUUAUUUCCAUACUUUUCCAUAAUUUCCAUACUUGCAUAUGAGCCCUGGAGUGGGACAGUCAUUUCUGUUGGUAACAGAGAAAUUUUUCUCACAAAGUCAAACUGAGAAUCUGUGAAUACAGUAUUUUAACCACAAGGAGAGAGAGAUAGUGCUCUUAGUCUUAGCAGUUAUAGUGUUUGGGUCAAUAAUACAUUACAUUAAUGGAAAAACUUAGAAGGGUUGUACUUAGAGAUGCACUGAUCCAUUUUUUUCCGAUACCAAAACCUGGGCUGAGCGUAUCAGCCGAUAUCUGAUACCGAUUCAAUACUACUGUUGAAUAAAUGAGCUGUAUACCUCACCCUGUGUGUGAAGGCAUCAGGCUUGACAUUAGCCUUGUUAAAAAAAGAAAACACAGAUGUAAAUUUACUUAAUAUUUUUUAUUAACAAAUAACAAAUUGCACAUUAGCACACAUCAAAAAGAAGUAAGACUUCCAUGUAAAAAUUUAGUGCAAAAGGCUAGACAGACAGAAUAUAGAGUGAACAGAAUUGCUCUGUUGCUGUUUAUGAUAUUAAAUAAAAGAAAAAAAAAGACGUUGGAUCACCUUCAUUCAUCAGAUAUCCGAUCCACUUAAUUUGUCAAUAUCGGAGCCGAUAUCCGAUCCAAAUAUCAGAUCAGUGCAUGCCUAGUUGUACUCAAGUUGUGUCACUUAACAGCAGUUCCCAAAAUACUCAUGAAAUAUCCGUACAUUUACAAAGAGAGUAAAAUGAUCUCUCUUCAUUCCAGUCAGCGUGACCUCUUAACCCUGCCUCGCAUAGUGAAAGCGUCUAAACCUGAAAAGCUUUCUGUACCAGAAUUUUCUGAACACGUUUGCUAAACUCAACUCAGACUUCUGGUCUUUUUGGCUGAAAAUCCUGAGCGUCCUCGAAGUGACCUUCUUGUUUAUUUUAUAAUCUAGUUUCCUAAAAGUUUUAGCUGUUCUGGGAAAAGAAAUUUGUGCAAGCUGAAUGAAUAAGAAAAAGAAAUUUCAACCUCCAAAAGCUAGCUGCUUAUAAAGCAAAAAAAGAACAUUUCAGGAAAUACACUACUGAUAAGCAUAAUAAGCAGCCAUAUAUUGAAAUAUAACACAGGAUACAUGACUGUAAUACAUUAAAAAUACGUCUAAGUAAUGAGCACAGCAGCAAGUAUUAGUCAAAAUCAACCGCCGUCCUAAUGAACAGAACAUUUACAACGCUGCUCUGUGUUUUCUGCCAGUGUAAACGUUUGUAAAUGAGAAUUAAGUCUUGAGUGAUUGAUAAAUUCUCGCCAGCUUGCCCAACAUUGUCAAAAACUAAAGUGAUCGUGGCUGUUUGUGAUUCUGGCUCCGCUACAUUCACUUGUAACAAUGUCCCUGCUUGUCACAGGAAUUACUUUGGUGAGUAGACUCUUAUCAUACAUAACAAAAAAUACAGCUCGACUAAAAUAAGCACCCUUUGAGAUUGACUUUUCAUUUCCUCUCCUGCCUUCGCCAUGGGCAUAUUUAUUCAAAAAUUCAGUGCGUGUUCCCUGACUGCAUACCUUUUUUUUUAUUCCCACCAGAAGCCACGCUCCUGCCAUCAUAUAUAAUCUGUUGAUUAAGUCUGCUACACGGUAUAUCUCAGUGAAAAUCCUGGCCAGCCACCUGGCUCACUUCUUAUUUCUUCACUUGAUAAUGAGAGUGCGCACAGGAAACAUCCUAUCACCAGGCAUUUGAAAGCCCCACGGGCAUCAUGCUAUCACACAUUUCUGUGGUGAUUUAUUUUUGCUCCCUUUGAAAGCGGCUUAUGUCUGCGACGGGUUCAGCUCAGCUGCCUGCUGGGGUGUUUGAGGAGUCUGCGGAUGGAAAACAGCUGUAAACUGUAUCGACAAGGAGCCGAGGGCAACCAUGUGGGCUGCUGGUGUACAGUAUGAGGGCUGAUUGAUUGACUGAGACCCUGGAGUCAUGCGGGCUAAAGGCCAUAAACAAGCACACAAACACACAAUGAUAUCUUUGCUAUACAAGCAGCACAAGUAGAUGGAUGCAGUCCCACGAGACUGGAGCAGAAUAAUGACUUUCAGCUUUCUUCUCUCUCUCCUUCAACACAAACACGCUGGCUGCUGCAGCUCCGUCCCUUGUGGUUGGGUUUCAUGGUGUUGGUCAGUAUUUUCUCUCCUGACUGGAUCACAGAGCACUUCAUCAGUCAGCUCAAUCAAUGAGGGAGAGGUGAGAAAAAAAGAGAGAGGCCUGAGGUUGUAUUCAGGGACCUUUAGUAAGAGCCACAUUGUUGCAAGUAUUCUUAUUCAGAGCACAAAAGCACAAUGCAAUCAACUUUCUUACCAUUGCUUGUUCUUCGUAUCACACCAUCUGUAGUUUACAUUUGAAUAAGAGCCAAUUUUUCUUUGUUUUAUCUUUCUCCUUGUGCUCGCCCGCCUUUACGGAAAUGCCUGAGCCGUCUGUGAGGUCUGCAGCUCUUAUCCCAGAAUCAUAUUUCCAAAGUAAACCAUAUUUCCGCUCUGUCUGUAGCUGUGAUUACAGUCAGUAGAAGCUCUUUAUGAUGUGCGGAUUAAUACUCCCAGUCAUCGUAGCUUUUUCAGCUGCAGAGUUUCAUCCCUUUACUGUCCUGUCUCUGUAAACUUAUUAGUUGGAUUUUGCUGUUGCCAGCUUACUGUUGUUGUUUGUGCCGGCAGAGUCGGCCGCAGUGCAGAGCAAGGGACCGUCCACUCUGUCAGCUUCUUCCACACGCUAUUGAUUUUUUCUGCACCACUCGCUUUAAUGAAUCGCACCAGGUUUAUCUUUCACACACACACACCCGCGGUUACAAACACACACACACACGUUCAGCAGUAAAUCUGGCUGUCAUAACAGUUGAUAUUUGUCAAAGCGAGUCAUAACCUCAACUGAUGAAGAGGGUGGAAGUUCACUCCAGCCUGGACUGAUGUGCAUUUAAUGAAAUGCAUGGCUGGUUUUAGCACCUGACUUCAGCAGAAUUCUAACCCUCGAGAUGAGAUUCCUUCACCAAACUUUACAUAAAUCUAUAUAGCUGAUGUUAUUGAGAAUUCCCUGUGUUUAUGAGUGAAAACUCUCAAUCUUUUUGUCUCUUUGAUAGACGUAGGACAAACAAUAGAAAAAAGACUGUUUUGGCAAAGUUUUGAGGCAAUGAUGCAUGAUCGCGAUGAGUCUGAAAGGGAGUAUGGGAGAAAUGAUUUUAAAGAAAAGUAAAUCAAUAAAGGGUAUUUGAAUGUUUUGUUGAUUUUUUUUUAAGCUUUAAUGCUUUUAAUCUGAAGGGACAGGACAUUGAAUGGAGCGGGAAAGUGGGUAAGUGAGUGGGGGUAACAUGCCAGAAAGGGGUCUCAGGUCAGAAUCGAACAUGGGCCACCCUCUUGAGGACCACAGCCUUUGUAUAUGAGGCGCACAACCUAACCACCACGCCAAACCACCCUUUCUAAUGGAUUUCUCUUCAUUAUGUUUGGUGACACAUGUUUGGUUUCUUGAGUUGUUGGCAGAGAAAAAAUCUGUUUGACAUUAUCUGGAUAAGUUUGUGACAAGUGUGAAAGAAUCAUUAAAAAAAAAUAAAAACAACAAACAAACAAAAAAAAAAGAUGUCUUUUUGUCCCUGAACGUUUAUUUUUCUAACACUGACAUGAUGAUCAUUCAGAGAGUGUGAGCUUGAGACGUCUGCUCCUUGUUAGUUAUUGGAUGGGAUCAGCCUCAAGGCUUAUCAUCGUCGGGGUAUUGAUUUUCGCUCAUCAUACCGUGUAAACACAAACACACAAACCGACACACACACACACACACACACACACACCAUCGGUCUCACACACCACCCCCUCCCAGGCAGUGCUCAGUGUCAGAGAGAGAGAACAAAGACUCCCACAGCCGAGGCUUUAGCGUCCAGGAUGAACGAGUGGUGGUUUUCAAAGACCUUAAGUUGCUCUAAUGAGCGGCUCAGGGGAGAAACACGUGGUGGUGUGUGUCAAUUGAUAUGGAAAUGUGUAAUUGUGGAAGGAGACCACACACACGCACGCAUUUCAGGGGUGAAUACGCUCAGCGGGAGGUCUGCUCAUUUCUGUCGAGGACACCCUAAUGUCUGAAGUUCUCACGAUGCCCACUACGCUCAUGCUGAAGAGAGCCAAGGCCUUGCUUUCCAUAUGGUUGCCAUGACAACUGUGGCUGCGAGUGGAUGGUGAGGGUUGAGGCUCUCUGGCUUCUGAUCCCUUUGAAAAGAGACCGAGUGUGAAAUGGAUAUGCGUGUAUUGUAACUGCUGGAUUUUUUUGGCUGCGCAGCAAUUACAGAGAAAGGAUGACAUGUUUUUUUUUUCUCUCUGAGUCAUAACAUGAUUUUUUGUUUUGUUCAGAGUCUGAGUGGUGGUGAAGAGGAAUCGUGUUUGAGCCAUGCAGCUUCAUACAGCUGUCACUGAGAUAGCAUCGCAUGCCUAGCAUUUUUUUUCUUCUGUACUUUAUUUUUAUAGAAACACUCAACUGAACAUGUCAAAGCAAACAGUUGGUCACCUAUACAUUCACUCUGUUAUUGCACUAAUGGAAAUACAUGUCAGAUAUCAUGCAGUAAUGGCUCAUACUUCAGCUUGUGAGUUCACAAACACAAUAUAUUUUCCCAGUACAGCUUUAAGAUGAUCUGGUGCUCCAAUUCUUGAUUCACAAAGAUAUCUUUGACCGAGGCUCCUGAAGAUAUCAUAAAAAUGUUGAACUGUAGGAGCAAAAAGAUGAACAGCAAAAGUUUUUACCAUCCUUUUACAUGACUGCAUCCUGUAUCUGUAUUAUAAUAGUCUGCAUCCCUUUAAAUAUUCUCAAUAAGAUUUCCUUGCUUCCAUUAACUAAAUAAUAAGCUAAAAAAUAAACACUUGUUAACAAUUCUCAGUCCAGUCUCAGUCCAACUUUAAUAAAUGUUCACUGGUUUUCCUCUCAUGUCACACUCACAGGAGCUCAAUGCUGUUAUUCUGCUUUGUUUAAGGUUGAAAGUCAUUUAAAUUUGACUGGUCUAAAAUCAGACUACCACAGGUCUAAAAAUAAAAGUUUUUUAAACGUCCAUUGUACACUUUCUAUUGCUCAACAGCUCUCAUAGUUAUUUUGGUUAAGUACUUGGAGAUCAAUUAUGUAACUCCCAGUUGCUUUUCGAAAUAAAUAGUUAUCAAAUGAUGGGUUGAAGUGCAACGUCUAAAUUCUGUCUAAAAUACAGACUCUAGACGGUUGAAAUGAGGUCUAAAAAAAACAGACAUCUAAUAGCCGUCUAUUAGUGGGAGCAUAGUAAGAGGAUAGUAGAUAAUGAAUGAAUAAAUGAAUUUCCCUUUGGGGAUCAAUAAAGUUCCUGUAUAAAAAUAGGAAAUUGUGAUAAGAUGGAGAUAAAUCUUUGCUGGUUUAUACACAUCCAUGCUUAAUCUGAAAGACACAUAUACACGCUAUAUAUAAAAUAUAUAUAUAUAUAUAUAUAUAUAUAUAUAUAAAGUGGAGUUUUAUUUCGUGCUUUCUGAAACUCAAAUUGUUCUCCUACAGCCUUACCCUUUCAAAAUAAAAUCAUCAUUAACUACCUUACUAAAAAUAAUAAUCAAAUAGUCUUAUGAAAAUACAGUCAGAUGAAGUGAGCAGAAACAAAAGAAAAUUCAGGUCAUUUUUAAUAUUCUACGCUUCUUUGGUUUCACGAACUUUAACACACGUUUAAUCUUCACCAAAAUCAAGCACAUUUGAAAGUUUUCAUCUCCACAGCACUACUCUCUUUUCUUUAAUCCUUAGUUUGCCUGUCUGCUUAAAUUCAUCUGUUUAUUUUAGUGGAGGUGGAGCCCUGCGUGACAAACCCGUGUCUGCACGGAGGAAAGUGCCUUCCUCAGGGAACAGGCUACAGCUGCUACUGCCCACAAGGAUACGCCGGGGAAAACUGUGAGAUUGGUAAGUGAUGCUUACAAACACAAACACACACUCACUCACUCAUGAGCUCACACAUCCCACACAAACACAAGAGCAUGCAUGAAUCCACAAUGAAGUCAGCCCUGCAUAAGUUCCUCCAUAUUGAUGAAAGGCUCUGAAGAGAGGGCCUGUUGUAAGGUCAAAGGUGGAGCUUUCCAUCAUGUUUAGAGAGGAAGUGAUAUAAGAGGCUGGGUCAAAGGUUGGGGUCAAAGUAGAGUAGUAAGAUAAUACUCCCAUUCUUCCAAACUGAAGAUGGAUUUUACAGCUGAGUCUCCUGUAUGAAGAGGGGUUCUGCAGAAACAACGAUCCACUCAAAGUUGGGAGACUUUUUAAGCUGAAUUGAUUUCGCUGUCCCUUGAAAAAUGCCUUAAGGUUUUGGAAUCAAAUCAAGGCCUCCCUGUUUCGUCAUUGCUCAAUAAAAAAUGUCUAAAGAUCUCAAUUUUAGAUCAGAAACAAAAUUGAAUCGAUUGUUUCUCACCUGAAGGUUUUUUAUACCUGCAGAAACCCUUGAAAUCUAUUCAUGGGAUUCUUUGAAAUGCUGCUGACUAAAAGAAAGCAAAAAUAACAAGAUAACCUUUGACUGCAGGUAAAAAGACGGCAGAGAGCCACAAAUCUCUGCUGUGUGUGAUUCCUGCUGUAGAGGUGAGAGAUAAAACGCAUUUUAUUACAGAAGGGAUAAGCUGUCAUGUAGCUCAAAACCAACUUUGACCUGUACGAGCUGUAACACAGUCUUUAUAUCCAACCUCUACCUGAUCAAUUCCUCUUGAUCUCCAUGUAAUUUCCUCUCUUCUCCCUCUGUCUUCAUGCAGACCUCUGUUUGUUUUCUCCGUCUGAGUUGAGACACACGGUCAGCCCGAGUUUUAACGUGACUGUGUUUUCCUGUUGUGUAACCUUGGAGCCAGCUGUGAUCCAGAGUCCUCAAGUCAGGAAUAAAUAUGCGCUAAAGUUGUGAUCACUGGGCUCACACUGACACAUGACGGGCACUUUGUCGGUCAGGCAACAUUUCCACUCCAUUUAUAUUUGGCACAUCUGCUGUUUGUGCCAAAAACAAGUGGAGUGGAAUCUCGCCAAACUGGCGCUGUGCCCACAGAGUUUUGGUGUGUUUCCAGUAAUUACAGUCCCAGUAGAUAUUUAUUCUUGACUCGUAGCACCGAAUCACCUCUGCUAUCCAAAUGCCAGUUUUACUUUUUGACAUGGCUUGUUGUGGUUUUGAAAUAACAAAAAAGUCAUAAAAACAUACAAUUUUAGUUAUUAUUUGAAAAUUUCAGUUAGAUAAAAGCCACUUAAAAGGCUACCUUAACAUAGUGGUUUCUUGUUGUCAGCCCACUCAUGAACUCUUGCUUUUAUCUUUUUUUGGUGUUUCUGACAAGCUGAUGAGUCAACAUUCGCAAGAAACAUCUCAAGCUGCAUUCAUCACAAAAAAGCAAAGGUUUGGUCUGCCAGAAAGUAGGCGAGAGCUGCGCUGAAUUUGUUUUUUUUUUCCUGAUGAUUGCUGAGGCACAAGUAAAUGGUUAUUUUGACCUUAAAACAAAAGUAAUCACCAAAUAAAGAUACAGCUUAUUUCCACAAUUGUCACCCCCCAAAAAAAGAACAAGAAAGGUCAUAAAAUUUGCCACAUUAAAGGUGGAGUUUGCAGAUUUGAUCGGACAAAAAAUUUGAGCCAGUAUGUCCCUGGGCUGCCAGCACUAUGUAUCAGUCCUAGAUAAAUAAAAAAUAGUCUGUCUUCUUGAUGUAGAGAGAGUUUACAGUAGUUUUGGCCCCUCUGCAUGUUUGUUUGGAUGCUGCAGCUGGAGCAAAGCUGCUAACCCUCAACUUACUAAAACUGUUUACACAAUGUUUUAUCUUCAUGUGUAAUAUCAUGAUAUAUGUCAGUUUUAGCCUUCAGAUUAUCAGCAUUAUACAAAAUAUAUCGCCUCAAAAGAUCUUGUUGCGUUUUCUCUAAGCUCUCAUAAUCCAGUGCAUGUGAAAUAAUGACAGGAUAACCUUCAAAACAAUUCUCCUUGUAUUCAGACAUUUGAGUUUCACACACCUUCACCUGUCAGUGAACAGUGACACCCCUGGUCUGGUCCCUAUUUACAUGAAGGUCCUCAUCUCUAUUGCUGUGAGAAGCAGCAUUUUAUCCAACCACUGGCAUUUUAUUUCCAGAGCAAAGUUUGAAUAACGGGUCUGUUAUAUUUAUUUUUAUGGAUGUGCAGGACUUUUAAGUUUUAAAUUUCAGGCUAGCGUGAAAAAAUUUGACAUUGGUGUAAUGUUUAAUGGUUUCUGUUAAUAAUGAUUUUUAGAGAGCUCACAAUGAUUAAUAUGAUAUGAUAAAUCUCUGGUUAGAGAGCAUCAUACAGUGAUUAUUAUCCGCUUAAAGCAGUUGACAGGCUUAGGAUUAUGCACCCGCCUAUAUGUGCUGGAAGUUUCAGCUGGCAGGGGGCUUAAGGUAUUGUUUCAUCACUUUCUGCGUGUCAGGUGGUGAGGUGGGAGCCUGGACGCCAAACACAAAUAUUAUUAUGAUGUUGGGAUAAACAGGGCAGAGCAUAAAUGUGAGUUUUCCAACACAAUUUUUUUUUUUAUCCAUACUUGCUACCAGCUCUAAAUCUGAUGUGUGACACUAACAAUGAGAGGUUUUUGAGAUGGUACCUUCUGCUCAAUUCUUUAUGUCCUCAAGCAUAGGUUCUGUAACACAUGGGCACACAGGCGUGACAUAUGAGUCCUUGUUUCUUUUUUAAUAUAUACUUCAUCGUGUUAUGACAAAGGGUUAAACAAAACCCCACAUUCAACACAUGUCAAUUUGGGCUACUAGCUUUUUAAAACUUACCGAGUGCCAAGUUUUGUCUGUUCACUGUCGCGGAAAAAGGACAGACAGACAGACCGUCAGUCUGACAGGCAGCAGCCGCGGUGUGGGCCUGCUGAAGGCUUUGUUAUGGAUUUGCAGAAUUUGCAGAAUUAUCUCUCAGAGGAGCAGCUUCCCUCUGCAUAAUGGAUGAGAGGGACGUGUGGAUCAGAGGUUUUUCAAGCAAACAACAAAGAAGUGAGCUGAUUUUAAAGGAAAGAGGGAGUUCUGAUGUUUCACUAACUUGCACUUUGAGAGGUCAUUCAGGGUCAGACUAGUCAGGAUUAAUUUGAGGGUGUUUCAUAUUCAUAUAUAUUCUUAUGCAUAGAUGUAGGGGCAAAGCUGAAUUGACUUACAGGUGGGUGCUAUGCAGCGACUAGCUCAGAAACUUCAGACCUGUUUCAGCUCUUUGCCUGUUGCUAUGUGGACUGAAAAUUAAGUGGAGUCAGCUUGAACAGUUUGACAACCAUCCUUUGGCCUUAAAUCACCUCUCUCGAGGUGAUAUCACUGAGAGUAUGUCUAUGUUCUAUGCAGUCUGUUACGUACACCAAUAAGGGGGAGACUUUUUGAAUGACUAUUGAUUAUUUUUGCUUAAAAUGCUCCAAAAAAGAAAGAAUGAAAAAAAUUCUCAGUAGAUUAUAUCUUUGUGUCUGACCACAGUGACCAUUAUGUGGUUUCCGGUGAAUUUUCUCAUGUCUGUGCUGUUGGAGAUACAUUUGAAUCCUAGUUCUGCACUAAGAAAGUUCACUUCUAAACUCUUUAAACUUCAUUUUUGAUCAAAAGUCUAAAUCAUAAACCUUCUGCCUCAGUGUUAAUAUAUGUGACACCAAGGUCAGACAUGCAGAUAUCUAACCUGGUUUUGUUUUCAGCUAAUGGACCAGACUGUCAAUGAUCUUCCCGUGUUUAAUGAGGGAUGUAGCAUGAACAAAAACUCCACACAACGGUCCCUGUUUGAUAGUACAGCUUCACAAAUGACUCAACACAAAACUUUGAGUCUAUUAGAGAAGUUUAUAUCCUGCAUGAAAACAUAAGCUUAAAUGUCAGCUUCAGUUUCUGUGUGUGUCCUCAAACAGACCUUUAUCUGGCAUUUGUCUUAAAAGAGCUGCCAUUUUUAUGAACAGAUAAUCGGCCUCUGCUGUCAGAUUAAAGUUACAUCAAACCUCCACUGCAAAAACCACCGUUAAAGCCCCCAAAUUGGAUUAAAAUUAAAAAAAAAGUAGCAGGCAACAAAGUUCACAAACACACCAGAACUUAGUUGAGAGUGGAAAUGAACCCUCGCUAUUACACCGAACCUUAAAUGUUUCAAGUGAGAAAGUUUCAUAUGAGGCUAAAAGGUCAUUUUGGUUUGAUUUGUCAGAAACAUUUACAUCUUCACAGCCACUGACCUUUUAUAGAUCGACUUUUUUACUCAAAGAGGAACAUUUAAGAAAGAUUUUGACUAAGUCUGAACAAGCGAGCAGCUUUCUUUUUGCACCCUCGCUGUGAGUUUUAAUAGAUUUCUUCAGUCCUGGGGUACAUCUGUUACUCUGGGUCCAGAAAGCCCCACAGUGGUUAAAGAAGAUUACAUGCUCUUCAUUUACGAUGAUAAAGUGAUACUUGAAGGAUCCCUGAGGCGAAAUGUUCCUUUUACUCGCCCACAGAGAGGUUAAAGAGCGCAGUUAGCACGGUUAGCUUAGCAGCUCUGGAGCUGGUGGAGUGUGCGUGAUUGCUCGAGGCCUCUUCAGCGGGGUGGAUAAAUGCCAAAUUGAGGGCUUGGUCCCAGAUCCUCCAGUCAUUUAUGUCUUUACUUUGACUGCUUUGAAAGAAGAGCUACAGAUUGCGCAGCCUGCUUUUUCUCUUUUGCAAAUGAGACAAUGAACGAGACAGAAAGAGGAGAUUAGACAUACAUCAAGUUGACAUUAAGCUGUUUAAAUGCAUUUAGAGGGACAUAAUAACACUUGAAAGCUUUCAGAGUGAGAGACUGCAGAAACAUAAGGGAUGUUCAGGGGGAUCGACCGUCUGAAUUCUCCUCACACCCUGAUUGAAUUUAAUUCCUCACUCACCAACGUGGACACAUUUCACUGUUUCAUCUAGGACUAAUGACCGGCUCAUCUACUGUCCGUGCUUAAAAGGCAGCAAGCGCCCACACGUUUUUUUCACUCUCUCUCUGACAGACAUCUCUCCAGCAGAAAACAUCCUUUUAAUUUGAACCCUCUAAUGAGAUCUACAACCCGCCUGUGCUUGCUGCUUUUUUUUUUUUUUCUCCCUCGCAGACGUUGAUGACUGCCAGUCAGAGCCGUGUGAAAAUGGAGGCACUUGCAUCGACAAGAUUGAUUCCUUCCUCUGCCUUUGCCUGCCCAGCUAUGGAGGAGACACAUGCGAGAAAGGUGAGAGUGAGAAAACCGCACACACACACACAGACUGAAUACUCAAAGCUGCGUGAUCAGGCAUUCACAUGCAUUUACUCUCGAUAUGAAAUGUUUCUGAUUUACUGUAGCACCAACAAACUCAGCACAUUGUCGUGUGUGGAAUCACAGGGGUGAACUUGUUAAGAUUCUCAUCAUAUGAUGCCAGCAGUAAAGAUUUUUUUUCUCCAAACUGUGCUGGUGGAAAUAAUCCUGAUCAGAGCGCAGCGUCUGUUGCGGCUUUGUGUCAUAACAGGAUAUCACAAAGACACAUCUUUUCAGCAGGCAGUGUGUCGCUGCAGGGCUGCAGGCUGACAGAUACUGACUGUAACUCCUGCGUGCACACCAACACACACUGACUUGAUGUUUGCACACCUUUCAGUCAGGAUCCUACGUACACGAAAGCGUUUUCAGACCCCUGUGUGGCAGAAGAAUCGAUGACGAAGAUUGAAUAUGUGAUGUGAGAGCAAUACUCAGUGAGAGAUUAUUCCUGAAACAGUGAAAUGUAUUCCGUUAAGUCUGAAUGUGUUUCUGGGCGUAACUUGCAAACAAUCCAAACUUGUGUUAACAUUCAUUUUUCUUUGGGGUAUCUAGACAAAUAUCGUUCUACCAAAGCAGAUGUUUGAAUAUUUUUAAUCCUGUGAUGUUUAGGCCGCUUGCAGUCUUUUUGAGUGCACCGGUCUACUUUGUUGUGUAGCACUACAACCAACUAUCAAACAGCAUGACAGGAUAAAACCCACAACGCCCGCUGUGGCUUGUCUGUGUGCAGGUGCACGAGCCAAAAGAAUGAACAAGGUAAAAAAAACAGCAAUACAAACAUGAAAGUAGUUUCCUGAUAGUGGUGCUACUGAGAUGAAAAUUCAAACGGUUCUUUUAAGCUUAACAUUACUCGAUAUCUAUGUCUUUUUCACAAAGUGGGAAGGACUCAUUGUGCAGACACUGCCAGGGUAAAAACAGAUUGUACAGAUCCAAAGUAAGUAGGCCAGUAAACAUCAUUCAUCUGGAGCUUUUCAAAACACUAAAUGAACACACUCGUCAGUUUUGCCGUAUGGUCACCAGGAAACUGACCGGAAUACAUUUCAGCAACAUCUUAACAUCAGUGAAGCAGAUUCUGUGCAGACCAGAACAGCUUUACAUCUGAAAACUUCAAAGCUCUUAUGUGCCUGUGCAAGAUCAACGAGCUAAUAACAGGUCCAUCUGUGUUGUGUAAAGACGAGUAUUUCCAAAUGUCUCAAACCCAAACCACAAUAAAACGGGAUUAAACCAAAGUCAGAGCAUAUUUGCCUCCAUCAGUGGCCCACGUGUGAACUUUUACUGAGAUUUAAGGGUACAAAUAUCUAAUUAAUUUACAAAAAACAAAGCAGGUCUUUUAUGUAUUCAUUGAACCUCACUUGUAGUUCUGAGAUUAAUACAGAAAAAGGAGGAAACCUUUCUCAAGUGCAUUCAAUAUGCUUCUCUACCAAAGUGACGAAGAAACAGCAGAGAUAAUUGAACAAUCAGCUCAAUAAAAAAUGUGUUAAAUCAAGAAAAAGAGACAAAAUUACUCAAUAAAAAUAAAUAUCAGAAAUAAUGUGAAUUUUGAGAAAAGGUUUGUUUGAUUAUUCACUUCAAGAGUCACUCAUAUAGGUAAGCUGGGUAAUGUUGCUGGUUUGUGUUAACACUGACACUGUUGCCCCUUCAUGUUUUUUCAGCCUGCUGUCAUUCAGUCCAUCUGACACCUACAAUCUCAGUGUUUUGAAGCAUUAAAAAGUACUAGAGUGAAAUUAUCAGACUUGUUGCUGUUUAUCUCUGCUUUCUUGGGUCAUAAAUAGGCAUUAGUAUUAGUUUCAGUCUGUUGCUUAACCAGUUAAAACCCCUCACAGCAGGUCUCAUUCAUGAAAUUUGUAGAUUUAUGCGUGAAUGCCAUCGGUCCUAAAAUACUAAUUCAGAUUCAUGAAGGCUGUUGAAACCCCUGAUUUGAUUGUAGACACGUGAAUAAGUUCAUGAUAGUUCAUGAAUGACAAUCAAUCAUUUAGGAACCUCCCGCUUCCAACAGCUGCUGAUCAGUAUAAGUUUUCCACCUGUGACUAGACAAUAUACACCAUAUAAGGUGUAGACAUGUGUUUUCUGUGGACUGACAAGAGAAGGACGAGAGAUGGAGAAAGAAGAAACUUUCAGAAGCGAGAAAAAAAGAGGUCAUUUCGGGUGUAGUGGAAUGAAGAAAAAGACAUUUUCUCCUGUGAGUGGUAGUGUGAUGCUCUCCAUCAGAUCACUGUUGGCACUCUCUUACAGUCUGAGCACCUAUUGGGUGUCAUAAAGGCAGCUCUCGCUGUGUGUGUAGUGGGUCAGCAGAGUCAAAAGCCUUGACUUCAGUGGUUAACCCUGUCUGCUGUGGAUAGGUUAGACCUCUAGUUUGAAUACAUGCCAAGGUAAAGAAAUAUAAUACAAACACAAUCUGCACAUGAUAUUUUCUCUUGAUCCUGCACCUGAAGGCUUGGUAAACAUGCAAGGGUGUAACCAGGGUGUACUUUUCCUGAAAUACCAGCCCUCUCUCAACUCUCUUCUGCUCACGUUUCAUACAUGAGACCAAAUGCCUUUAAAACUCAGGUGUUUUUAGCUGGUGUUGAAACAGACUUGAAUUUAAACUGAUGCCUUUGUAUGAGCUGCAGAGACAAACAAGGCCAUCUGAAACAAAGACUGACUAUUUCUUUGCUUUUUUUUAAGAAUAUAUUUUUUAAAACAGCUCUAGAGAGAGAACACUUUGGGGGAGAGCGAGAGAGGGCCAAGAAUCAGUCCUAAGACCAGUGAUUCGGACUGUAGCCUCUGUGCAUGGGGGCACCUGCUCUACCUUUUACUAGAGGUUCUUUUGAUUAGAGAGCAUAAGAGGAGUUUAUUGGUAUUGCUGUCUCCUCUGUAAUCAGUUUCAUGCUAAGCAAGGUGAAAUAAAUCAAUAAAUUCAUCACAGUCUAAACCAAGGUUAAAGAAGCAGAGAAAAUAUAUGAUUUGGCUUUGUUGCAGAAUAAGCAAAGGCUGUGCUGGACUGAUGGACGUGGAAUAGUUUAUUGUAGACGGUCCAAUAUCAAAUUGGGCAAACUGAGAUAAGUGUAAGGUAAUCAAAGAGGUGUGAGAGACCAAUCAACAUGAAAACACUGCAGUCUCUGGUACAUAAUUCAACAAAAAGAUGGCAUGUGGCCAAGAACAUACAUCCACUUGUGUUUGCCAGCAAUCAAAGUACACACUCACAACAAAAUGUAUGCGCCCACAAAAACACUGAUUCAUCAUUUCACUGUUAUAACCACCUCCAGCUCCAGAUCUGCCCUGCUUAGGGGUGUAUGUGUGUGUGAGUGUGUGUCUGUGUGUGUGUGUGUGAGUUUGUGUGUCAUGUGCUGGCAGUAAUGAGAAUUAAUGAAUAUCUAACCUUUUUCCGUUAUAAAUGAAUCCACAGGCCUGGCUGUUAUUAAUGAAUACUAAUAGUGCAGAGAGAGGGCCACAUGUGCUGUGAAUUGAAAGUGAGCCUGUAUAGUUACAGUUAAUGUAUUUAGGCUGAGGAGAUGACUAAGUCAUGUAUUUUUGUCUUGAUUUGCUCAAUGAGAUGAAAGACUUGGUUAAAAGAUUCCUCUCUCCUCCAAUCUCACUCAGACUAUUUUAUCUUACUUAGCUCUCCUGGGCUAAACUCACACGGUCUUUGAAAAAUUAUUUUUGCUCCUCUCAGCGCCCUCCUCUUCUCUCUUCAUUUUCACAGACAUAGAAGGCUGCGAGCACGGCUGGAAGAAGUUUCACGGCCAUUGCUAUAGGUAUGAAAAACUGGUAUAUACCUGCAACCACAGGUGCCUCAUCUAUCAGUGUUAUUCUUUCAUGCUGUGGAGUUUAACAUGAGAUACCUACUGCAGGGCUCUGUGUCAUAUUCUGUCUGCAUAAUAAUAAAAUAUUUUUGUCUUCUCUGUAUUGUUUCAAAGGUACUUCACCCACAGACACACCUGGGAGGAUGCGGAGAAGGACUGCAGAGAGCACAGUGCACACCUGAGCAGCAUCAUCUCCUCCACUGAGCAGGACUUCAUCAACGGUUUGUGUGUUUUACUGUCUGCAUUUUGUUGAGAUAUGUUUUGACACACAAAAACAGGAGAAACCAAAAAUCUUAUCAGAAAAUUAAAGUAUGAGCAACAGUGAUGUGUUUAUGUGUCAUACUGAGGCAGGAAAAGAAGCGACUUUGAUUUUAGGUAUGAUGCAGGGAGAGCUAAGAUGAGAGAAAGUCUGUGAUGAAACACAGGUACGCUGAAAAACUAAAAAAAAAUCAGAUAUCUGUAGGUUGAGGUGUGCCUGAGGUUUUACAGAAGUGUUGAAAUAAUGCUGCAGAUAUUCUGACAUACUCUGCUGAUGUUUCACACAGGUCUGGGUCAUGACAACGCCUGGAUCGGACUGAAUGACCGCACAGUGGAGGACGACUUUCAGUGGACCGACAGCAACGAUCUAGUCAGUGAUCUGUUUUUAAUCCUGCUGCCAUGAUUUUCUAUUUGUUGUUGAUCAAAUCAUUGACUGAUCAGCAACAACAAUCAAAGCUAACCCCCUCAGCUGUCAUCAGACUUUGAUUCAAAUGUUGCUUAAUUAUAGCCCGGCAUUGCCAGACCGAUUUGCAAAUGCUAAUUAGUCUGGAACCUCUCAGUUCAUUUUUUGAUUUCGAGGGGCUUUAUCAUCAGGCGCAGACCAAAACGCCUUGGGACGCUACAACCAAUAAGAGCACGGAAACAUCUGAGGUAGUGCGAGGCUGCUCGGCUGAGGAGCUGGUGCCAACAUUCAAGGACUCAAGGAGAUUUAAUUGUUAUUCAAGAGCAUGUUUGUACAUAAAGGAAUGAAAUGAAGUACUCAAAGAAAACACUUUGAUGCAACUGUGGAGUUUUCUAUUGAUAAAGUAAAUAUGAACUGUGAAAGGUGGCUGAACUGUAAAUACAAACACCUGAGGGGAGUUUUUUGAUGCUUAUAAAACUGACUAAAUUUCAUAUCAGUGUCUUUGAAUGUUAUUUUAAAGGAAUCUAGACCAUCCAAGAGAAGACUGCAAAUUGACAGAUUGAUUUUUAAGUUAAGCUCAUGUUCAACAUGUCAACAUGGAGGUGGCAGACUUUAUGGCUUAUGCUACAGCUGACCAGGAGAAGGAAGCUGCACAUUUUUUGGCUACAUAUUUGGUUUAACCCUUGUGCAACGCUGUGGCUAAAAUCUGCCACUAUUGGCAAAAUUUAGCCACUAAUUUCCACGUAACUUUUUUUUUUUACUGCAGCAAAUGGGCAGAUUUUUUGUGCUUAUAUUGAUGGACACUUUGAGAAUAUGACUUCAAAAUUUUUACCAGGUCAAAAAUACGCGCUGGGCAAAUUUUCAUCCGUUGUUAACGCUCAGUGGCUAAAAAAAGCCACUAACUUUGACUGCUGUAAAAACAUAUAUGGUUGAUAUUUUUUUCCAAUGUUUUUUCCAUAUAUCUCUUAACUAACUUCUGCUUUGAUCAAAAUUAGUAAAUGUUUCAUCUAAAAACAUUUUUUUAACCCUUUGAGGGUCCAUUCAAAACAUAAUAUCACUGAUAUGGUAGAAAAUAAAAAUCAGUCAUUUUCCUCCCAUUUUUUUCCCAACAUUAGUGACUUUAUGUUUUAAAUGGGUCCUUAAAGGGUAAAAAAUUGGAUUCAACAGAAGUUAAUUAAGAGAUAUAUGAUAAAAAAUCUGGAAAAAAUAUGAAUCCGAUAUGUUUUUACAGCAGUCAAAGUCAGUUGCUGUUUUUAGCCACUGAGCGUUAAGAAAGGAUGUAAAUCUAAAGGUUACACAAGGAGUGGAUGAUCUGAAAUGGAAGAUAUAUCCAAGUACAAAAAUUAUAAACUCACACAUUUACUUGCUCCUGAUGCUUGUCUUAACUUUGAUCAGAUCAAACACUGUCAAAAAAAAAAGCCAUAAAAGUUAAACAUUAGCAGAAAAUAUCAAAAAUCCUUUGGAGUCCACAAAGCUCUUUAUUCUCAAUAUUUAAAUUUAAUCAGUUUCAUUGUUUCUUUUAUUAUGAAAAGAAAUCUACUAAUCUAAAGAAGAGACAGUGGAGGUAUGAGAGGAUUUCCAGUCUCAAUUCCUCUACUCUGCGUUUGUGUUACUUAGGUGUAUGAGAACUGGAGGGAGAGCCAGCCGGAUAACUUCUUUGCAGGCGGGGAGGAUUGCGUGGUAACCAUAGCCCACGAGGACGGCAAGUGGAACGACGUGCCCUGCAACUACAAUCUGCCCUACAUCUGCAAGAAAGGAACAGGUAAGCUGAUACUGACUGUAACAGAACAUAACACCCCAAGUGUGAAUUAACAGUUUGACACAUUGAGGUCCAACAAGACUUCCUCAGCAAAUUCAAAGCUGUAAUUAAUUCAUGAGGAGAGAUUUCCUCAUACAGUUUGGCGGCUAGGUGUUGUUUCAGACCAGCUGGCCAACUGUUAGUCAUCGGCACUCUUCAUCACUUCUUAUGUUCCUCACACAGAAAACCUUUUCUUUCUCUCCAAACAUGAGCGGUCUGACUGUAGGGCCUUUUUUCACUUGGCUUGCACUUUUUUGUAGUUAAGGGUCAGUUACUCCAAAAACUCGACAAAAAAAAUCUCUAACUUGAGAACAGACUGCGAUUCAGCCUCCAACCUGUAUUGAUUCUUGAGAGCAAUAUCAAUCUUAAUCUUCCUCUUAUUGCCUCCUCUGCCUCCCCGGAGCUCACUUACACUUACCCCAGCAGCAGAACUGUACUUCGGUUAUUACCUUUUACUGCCUUGUUCACAACAAAUAUGAUCAGAAAUUCCUCUGAGCCAUUUUUCUAAGUUACCUUACCCAGACCUUCCCUGUGUGACCCAGGUUCAGCCGACCUUGAAGUGAGUGCAGUGAUAUCUGGACUUAGAGGAAGCUAGAAAAAGAUGGAGAUGGACAAGGAGAAAAGUAUAGAGUAGUUUGAGGCUGUUUGUAUGUGUGGCUGUGGGUCUCAGCCAGGGCUCUGUGGAAAGGCUAGCUACUUUCUGUCUGCUGCAGAGACCCACUUACUCAGUUCACUACACAGAUACGCAAGACUGCCAUCUUGAGGCCAAACACACCUGCAAUACUGAGCCUCCAGAUCAAACAACAUUAACAUGGCACUAACAUUUUACAUUUUAACCAAAAAAGUUUAUUUCCUGUGAAAUUUGGGACAGUCACAACAGAAUUUUCAGACCAACCACACGCUCUUUUGUCUGUAAUAUUUAUGAGAAGUUUUCAUCUGGAUUUUUCUCUGUUCAGUGUUGUGUGGGACCCCACCUGCAGUGGAAAAUGCUCAUCUGGUAGGACGGCGGAGGUCACACUACGACAUCCAUGCUGUGGUCCGCUAUCAAUGCGCUGAAGGUUUCUUCCAACGCCACAUCCCCACUGCUCGCUGCCGGGCUGACGGGAGCUGGGAAAGACCAAGAAUCAUCUGCACAAAGUGUGAGUGCUCAGUGUCUAACCCUUUAAUGCCUGAAACUACAAAUUAUGGCCAGAAAAUUCAAUUUUUUUUUGAGCUGAAAUGUUUAUUUCAUCUGCUACUGAAAACCUCCAAAACCAAAAAGUCCUUAAAAUUUAACAAAUUUAUUUAUUUAUCUGGUUUGAUACAUUAGAUGUUUUUGGAAACGGAUAAACCACAAGAGGACAUUUUUAUCAUUUAUUUGACUGUAUUCAGGUGUUUUUUUUAGUAAUUUGUUGAUCAUAUUGAUUUGAUAGACGUAUCAUAAAAGUAUGUAUCUGAUACAAAAGGCCAUAAAGGGCUAGUUAGACCCUAUACUGGAACAAUGAAAAUGUGGAAAAAACAUUUUAAAAUUAUAUUUUAUCAUGAGCUUGUACAAGAGUACUUUUACUAGGAUUUCUUUGCUUUCUGUCACCACGGUUUUUGAUAGUAAAAACUUGAUAAAUAGUGGAUCAUACCAAUUAUACUGGAGCUUCUUGGGUUUGAAGGCCACCAAUUCACUGAGGGAGAGAGGGAGGAGCAGAGAAGUGUGUCAUUCUGGAGUCUGACUUACAGAUAUCACUUCAUUUCUUGAUUUCUAUGCACUGUACCUUUAAUUCUUAUAUCAAAAACAAUCUUAUUUACAUUUUAGGAGAAUUACAGUCAACUCAAAAUUAGCAGCGCAAACUACGGUGGCUCUGUUUUUAUCGAGGGUCCUUGUUAAAUUCAGCUGCUACAACUAAUGUGUCUCAAAAUAUGCAAAGUGGAGCCCGAUGCCAGACACUCCACUAGCUGCAGGUUGUAUUAAAGAAAUGUAAUAAAUAUGAAAUAUAUGAGAUCCUGAUAGAAAUAAAUAUUGUCUGUCACAUUUCCAACAACUUAACAGUGCCAUAGUUAGUCACUUUAAUUAGUGGUUGCAAUUUUUACACAGAUGAUAAAGAAAUGCAUUCUUAGAUAGGUGGGUGUGAAAGUAUUUUUAGAUGUUCUUAUUAAAAAUCGUGAAACGCAGAUUUAUUUCAGUAUCAGUUGCACUGGUUUAGCUCAGAUACUCAUGCUGCUACCCUUUGAUUUAAGGUAUCCCCACUAUCUUCCCUCCAUGUUUCCUCUCUCAUUGUCUGUUCUCACAAAAUAAUAAUCUCAGAAAACAAACUUCUUCCCCUACUUUUUUAGCCCGGCGGUCCCACCGGUAUCGACGCCACCACCACAACCAGCACCAUGAGCGCCGUGGCCACCGGAGACAUGGCGGAGAGGGACACAAGGCCCGCGAGGACGGACAGAGCUACUACUGAACCAAAUAAUCCAACCCUGCCAUGUUUAGGUGCUGACCAUGGCCCAUAAAGACAGACAGUAGUUCAUCACAACACCUCCCUGCUUCUAACCCGGCUCUGUUUAGCUUUACUCCCCUUGAAGAAAAAGGUUUUCUUACUCUAACACACAGUUUAUCUACUCAGCCCCCUCGUUUGGGUGUUUUAAUGCUUCUUUCUGACCCUGCUUCCUUUAACUGAGGUCCAUGCGAACACUAAUACUCUAACACUAACAGUUAUUAAUCUCACCCUAACAUCUCAGUACAGUAUAUCCCCUCCUGUCUAUGAACUAAACCCCUCCCUCAGUCUGUCACACUGACAGCAGCGUGUAUGUGAGAGUGUGUGUAUGCACGUAAGAGAGAAAAACUUAGAGAAGUGCUGAGUCACUUUCUUUUUUUCUAAGAGUUUGCUCGCUCUACAUGAAAAAUGACUCUCACCCUAGUAUUCUGUUUACAAAGCACAGAUGUAUUUGAUGCAAGAUAGUAUACAGUCCCUGUAACCCUGAGCUUUUUCUAUGUGUACCGUAGCUGUUACUUUUCCAUAGAGCACCCGAAUAGCUCGUCUGUUUUAUUCUACUGAUAUGCUUUUUCUAAUAUUUGCUAUGUUUUGGUGUUAUGUUACUAUUUAUUAUAAAUUUGCUAGUGAAUAUGCUUUCUUUUUUACUUAUACUUCAGAGAGCCGAUGUAACGUCAUUUUUCUACGCCAGUAAGAAAAUUCAAAUCUUAACAGUCAACAAAAUUAACCCUCUGAUUGCCUCUAAUCUCUGUAUUGUAAAUAUUGUGGUGUUUGUUAUUGGCUGAUCAAUAGCUGGACCUUGUCCGAUCCAAUAGACUUUCCAUAUGCCCAUGAGCACUUCAAACUAAUGACGAUGUUUCACUGACGUAGGCGGUUAGGAUGGGACUUAACAAGACUAGAGAAAACUGUUGAUUGUAUCUGAUUCGCGAAAUUCUGUCAAUCUUUGCACGGCGAAAUUUACACUAUUGGUAGAAUGUUGAUAUUUUUGUCCUUUGGUCCCUUUGAUAUUUGAUCAGUCAUCCACUUUUUUGGUGUUCUUAUGACUUUUUGUCCUGCUGUUGUAUUCCAUUCUUAAUAAAGUGAAAAAAGAACAUUUUUU